GGAGACCACCUACCUUUGAAUCCCAAAUACAGGUUGUCUAUAUCUUCAAAAUAGUACAAUUGGCCUAUGUUGAUCUAUCCAAGUCACAUGAAAGAAUGUGAAGAGGCAGCCAGCAAAUGGUUAGGCCUGUCUAGGUCCUGCAGGUUAUGACAGUGCAACUUGGUGUUUUUUGCAGUGAUCAUUUGCAGGUUGUUUCAUUGCUGUGUCACUUCAUCAGUUAAUUUUCUGUAAAUGGUAGGCACGAAUUGCUUGUUCAGUUCUGUUUUAAACUUAUACUUAAAAUGUGGAAAAUUAGUAAAUGGAUUGCUGUUUUCUUUUACUGUCCCUCAACAGGAUGUUCGGAAAAAAAUCAAAUGUUUUGAACAAACAUUUGGAUUAUUUGGAAUUGUCCAUGUGGACAUUUUAGUAUGAUGUUAGCUUGAAAAGGUGUAUAUUAUAAUAUUUUCAAAGAUAUAAACAGCACAUCUUUAUGUUGUUUUAACACAUUUUUGUGUUUAAAGUAAGAACACAAAUAUGCAUUCAAAGUGUUCACACACUGAUCGUGUUAUAUAGGUCUGCUGAUCAGCUCCAACUCGUAGUACCAAAAACUUGUUUAAAAAUCUGUGGCGACUGUGAUUUCUUGGCGGUGGCUCCCAAAUUAUUAACAAUUUAACAAAUUGCCACUCGAGAUUAAAACAUCCCCCACUCUUUUUACUUUUAAAUCACGUCUUAAAACGCAUUUUUAUUCCUUGGCUUUUAGCUCAGCUUGAGAGUUGUGUGAUCUCUGUCCUUUAAUGUCUUUUUAUGGUCCUUUUAUCACUUUUAUUUCUUUUAUGCUUUUGUGUUUUUAUUUCGUUUCAUUUAUUUUAUUUUAAAUGUUUUUUACCUGCUUUUAUUUAUUUAAUCUUGAUGUUUUCAGCAUUGUCUGUUCUUUUAGAUUUAUUGUGCAGCACUUUGGUAGACUUGAAUGUUUUUUAAAAUGUGCUUUAUAAAUAAAGCGGAUUGGAUUGGCAGAAACACAAUUUAUUCUUCUCAACUAGACAAGCAGCGGUGUUGAAGAUGAACACAUUAUAUUUUACUUAUAGCACAACUAUUUCAGUAUAGAAUUUUGAAUUUCUUGCAAAUUCAGAAUCCGGGCAAAGUUUGUGUUGGACUUCUGCUCACCCUGUCAGAAUUCUAAUAGACAUAAUCACCUGCUUAUAGUUCUAUGAUACACCAAUACACACUGUGUGCGAAAAACACUAAAGCCCAAGUGAAUGUUUUUAUUUAUUUAUUUAUUUUUUUGUUUUAUUUUAUUUAUCUGAAUGUUUUUUGUUUUAUUUUAUUUAUCUGAAUGUUUCUUGUUUUUGUUUUAUAUUUUAUUUUUUAUCAAUUGAGAAAAUUACAUUGCAGUGAUAUCUUUAAACACAACAAAACACAACUCAGUGGGAUAGAAACAUAGAGUAAAGAAAAGAAGACAGAAGUAGAAUACAGGUGCGUCUCAACAAAUUAAAAUGAUGUGAAAUGGACAAUGUUUUCUAUAUGUUUCAAAACUUUAUUUUUCAUAUUUUGUGUAUGAAUUUCAUGACGUGAAAUAUUCCAAGCUAUCUCUUGGUUUGAACUGAGAUGAUCACGGCGUAAAAAUAAUGAAUAUCAGUGAUUCUGUAUUUCUGAACACUGAAUUUAGUGUGUGUGUGUGUGAAGGGGGUGGGGGUAAUUUAAAGUUAAUUUUAAGUUUAAGAGAUAGUGCUGCUGGAUUGAUUUAGAAGCGGAGUGCACUCCAAAGAUGAAUUCCUUGGGUUCCCCCUUCUCCUUCUUCGAAUUGGUAAGGCUCGUUUCCACCAUUUUGUUUUCUUCUCCUUUUUGCAAUUCUGAAAACACAAUAAGAAAUGUGUGAUUAUUCUUUCUAAAGGUAAGUUCAUAGAGGAAUACAACAUAAAAUACAACACAAGAAUGGUUCAAAGAUUAAGGCAGAUGUGCUUCUUGCCAUCGUCUGUCAAUCAAUCUUUCAAAUGUGUCUAGUUUAGUUAAGCCCGAAGACUGGAUGAAUGGUGGAACUACUAGACGGGCUCAAUUCAAUUCGACUUUUAGCAGUUGGAUACUACUGAUGUUUUAAUCUAAUACAUUUGGGCUAAAACUAUAGUAAGUGGAUGACUAUAAAUCCACUGUUUGGGCUUAGCUAGCACAUAGUAAUAAUUUUUUACUUAACCAAAAACUACUAACAUAAUUUGUGGCUUUUAGAAAUAUAAAGGAAAUAUUAAAGGAAACAUUACUUACCUUGUCAACGAACACUUUUAUGUAUUUUUCUACCCUCAUCAAUCUCUGCCAGUUUUCCUCUUUCUCAGCCAACAGACUUUGGUAGCUUUUGUCAAGAGUCUGAUAUUUCUCUGACCAUCUCUUGUUACAGUGGUCAACUUCUGUCUGAGUCUGGCCCAGCAGGAUCGGGGUGUUUCUCUGCUCGCUCUGUCUUCUCUCAUAAGUUUUAACCCUCUCUUCGAGCUGUUUCACUUGCGUCUGCCACUUCUCUUCACAUUCCUUCAAUUUUGAAGCAGAGACCUUCUCCUGAAGUCUGCUCACCUCCUCAUAGUGGCUCUCCAUGAAAGCUAUCUUUGCAGAAUUUCCUCCCCUCUCUAUGUAAAGACUUUCCAUAAGAGAGUUGACAACACUCUCAAAAUGAGUCCUGUUUUCAUCCAACUGUUUCAUCCAACUGCAUUGAUGCUCCAUGUCAUCGCUCUGGGUGUGAAGAUGUUCCUCAUAGGAAGCUCUCUCCAUUUUUGCUCUGCAUUCAGAGAGCUCUCCCUUGGACUCUUCUACCUGAUUCUCCAGCUGCCUUACUCUCGUCUGCCAUCUCUCUUCACAUUCUUUGAGUUUUGAGGCAGCGUUUUCUUCAGUGAGAGUUAUCAUCUCCCGGAAGUGAGCUUCCUGUGCAGAGAGCCUUAUAGCAUGGCUCUCUUCCUUAAGCCGAAGCCUCUCCUCAAGACGGAGGAUUUCUCCAUGAAAUUCUCCUUGGCCUAUAUAGGAGUCACUCCUUAACUUCUCAUUCUCCUCCUCAAGCUGUCUGACUUUCUGCUUCCACAUUUCCUCAUUUUCCUUCAAAUGACUGUCCAUGGCAGAAAACUUUGCUGCACUCUCCUCUUUUUGAACCCUCAGACUCUCCUCAAGAGAGAUGAUCCGUCUCUCUGCCUGUAUUUUGCAUGCAAGAAGUUCAUCACGGUACAUUUUCACCUCCUUCUCCAAUUUGUUGUCAUGGGAUAGAACAACCACCAUUUGGGUUCUUAGAUUUACAAUUUCCCCUUGACAUUUUUCAUUCAGGUGCUUCCAGGCUUUCCUCGCAUCCUGUAAAUUCCCGUCUAUCUCUUUUUUUAGCUCCUGACUUGCAUGCCUUAAGUUCCCGUUAAAGCAUUGGCUGUCACUUGUCAGGAUCUGGACUGUAUCCUGGCCUAAGAGCUGAGUUUCUCUGUGGUUUGAGUUCAUAGUUGGAAGUUUUGUCUCUCCUAAAGAUCAAAAUAUUUCACAGUAAAAUGUGAAAAUUUGUAGUUCUCACUCAGGAUAAUGUGUCUUCUAUAAAUAAAAUGGGGCUCAAAUACCAUCAACGCUGUGACGUAACUGCCCCGGCCCUUUGAUGUUAACGUAACAUCUUUGAACGUUACGGAAUUGGAAGGAUCAAAGCCGCCGUGACGUAACUGACCUGGCCACGCCCCCCCUCGAGCGUUUGAAUGGCGUAACACUUUUCAAUAUGGCGGCCUCCGGAAGGAUCGAACGGCGAUAAUGGGAGCAAAAAGACGGAUAUACACUAAAUAAAUGAAAGUUGGACUCGACACUCAUCUUUACAACUUAUUUAAAGCACAGUGAUCGGUGGACAUUGACCUGUGGCUGGAAAUCGGGCUUUUAAAGCUGUUAGAUUCUCCAAACAAAGCCUGAAGACAACGGUUCAUAUCGUAGAUGUAUUUGGGCAGUUCUGUACAAAUGUUUUUUAUCACAGCGGUUCAAUAAGCGAUCAUAACAGGCGGUUUCAAGAGAAAGCGUCUGUGGUUGCCAUAGUUACCAUGUCGCAACCGGAGAGAGGAAAUCGGGCUUUUAAAGCUGUGAGGUUCUCCAAACAAAGCCUGAAGGCACACAGAAGUCAGUAUUUACGCUUUGUCGAACAUCAAGACAGGUUCUGUUGGUGAAAUGAAUACGUUCAAGACAAUAAUUUAUAUCGUAGAUGUAUUUGGGCAGUUCUGUACAAAUGUUUUUAUCAUAGCGGUUCAAUGAGCGAUCAUAACAGGCGGCUUCAAGAGAAAGCGUCUGUGGUUGCCAUAGUUACCAUGUCGCAACCAGAGGGAGGAAGUCAAGCAAUUUACAGAUCAUAUCUGGUUUUGUUUGUUUGUUUUUCUGAUAAUAUGACUAAAAUGAGACUUGAUAGGGAAUUAGGCUAAAAAAAAAUCGUAUUGUAUUUUUUUUUUGCAGAAGCAAAUAAAAACAGGAUGUGGAAAGAAAGCUCAGUGGUUCAUUUAUGAAUUAAAAUGCAUUCAUCUCCUUAUUGUGAAAUGUUCAUCAAAAUACACAAAGAGGGAAAAUACACAGUUAAAAUAACAAUUACCUUACACCUUUGUGCACACUGGGGUCCAGUCUGUAUUUGUUUCCAUCACCUUAAGCUACAAGCAUGAAAUUUCCUGCUAUGACUGAAAUAGCCAUAUGUGUAUGUUCAGGCCUGGACAAUUACCCCACAUGGAGGUUUGGGGUGAGACUGGAGCAUGCAUGUCUGAGUUAAAAAGUUCAUCCUGUUUCAUUAAGGAACACCUAAGAACUGCCCCAGCCACUCACUUGAGGAAAAACACAAACUUUGGAUCUCUUAAUCCUUUAUGUGUUUAUGAUACACCGUGUAUUUGGAGUUGAUUGGAUGAAACUACCGGAGUUUCUUCAAACAAAUGUAAAUCACUUAAAAUAAUGCUGACUUUUGAGCUAAACUCAGAAUUGCAGACUCCUUGUUGAGUUACGGUUAUGAGUAUAAAGGGGGUGUUGUUGGUCAGAUGGUUACGUUCAGUCCUUAACACCUGAUUGUGUGAAUACCCUUUGGGAACACUCUGCUCCCAGCAUGGUGGUCUUAUUGUUGUAUCUAGAGUUUGUAAAAGUAGAAAGGGAGUAAGAACCUUUUUCUUUCUGCUAUCACAAGUAGGUUUAAAACUUUCCUUUUAGAUAAAAGUCAUAAUCAGAGCUAGUUCAAGCUGCUGGGGAAUCUGUCACACUGAGUUUCAGUUUUUCACUCUCUCUCUCUCUCUCAUCUGUCUUCAACUUUCCAUGUCCCACUCAAGUUACUAGCCAUAAUACUUAAUGCAGAGCUGCAUUGAGGUCAAUAGGACAAGCCAAAAAAGUGUUUUUCAAACAUCUACUGCUCUGACUCCUAUUAUUUAUUGUAUAAAUUAAUUCUUGAAAAAGGAAGAUUUGUUGUAGUGUUUGUGUGCUCCUUUUAUAUAAUAUCACAAUGCUACUGGAAUGAAUUGUUUGAAAUCUCUGAAGACUGUCAUCAUAAUGUCAUAAUUCAAAAAUUUUCUAGAGGGAAUUUUCUAGUUAUCAAUGUCAUAAUCCCAGUUUUGUUUUGACAACAGCUUGACCCACUCUACUAUAAUCAAUACUUACUGUGGUACCUGCUAUCAUUAUCAGAUGCUUGUAUGAGACCUGUUGACUUUGCCACUUAUUUUACAAUCUGUCUAUUAGUAUACGCUUUCUGUACCUGCAACUUGUACACUUCAAUGAUCAUUAUUGGUGCUGAAAGUAGAGGUCUUUAUAGCCUUUUGUUGUUGUACUCUGUCUCUUUCCUUCUCUUUCUUUCUCCAACUUUCUUUCUAUCCGUCUUUCCAAGUCAAAUACAGUUGCAAAUGGUUGUGUCUGGUGAGGCUGGCUCUGUUUUUUGUUUCUGUGUUUUAUUGGAAGAUUCUCUGGGUUGCUGUAACUUGCCACAUGGUGCACAGUGCUCCACUCAUAAAGGAUUGAGAUGGGAUAAGACUUAAUGUAAUACAGGAUGGCAUCAUAUCUCAUCUAGAUGUUGGGUCUUUGUAAAUAAUUUAAAAAAGAAUACACCCUAGACUUGCUCUUUGAGUUAAACAUAUUUUGAAACGCGUCUUCAACCUUAGCCUGCAACUAGCGAGAGUGUCCACCCUCUGGAAGACAUCCUGCAUAGUUCUGGUGCCAAAGAAGAACCGGCCCAGUGAGCUGAAUGACUUCCGACCGGUGGCACUCACGUCCCACCUUAUGAAGACGCUGGAGCGGCUCUUCCUCACCUUCCUCAGACCCCAGGUGCAACAUGCCCAAGACCACCUGCAGUUCGCCUACCAGCCAGAUGUUGGGGUGGAGGAUGCCAUCCUCUACAUGCUACACCAGACCCACUCCCACCCUGAUAAGGGAAGCGGCACAGUGAAGAUCCUCUUUUUGGAUUUCUCCAGUGCUUUCAACACAAUCCAGCCCCCCUUGCUACAGGACAAACUCAACAGCAUGGGAGUGGACCCCUUCCUGGUGACCUGGAUCUCCAGCUACCUAACAGACAGGCCACAGUAUGUCAGGAUGAGGGAUGCCACAUCUGAAACUGUGAUCAGCAGCACUGGAACCCCCCAGGGCACAGUGCUUGCCCCUGUUCUCUUCACCCUGUAUACAUCGGACUUCUGCUAUGAUUCGGACCUGUGUCAUAUACAGAAGUACGCUGAUGACACAGCCAUUGUUGGGUGUAUCAGGGAUGACCAAGAGGAGGAGCACCGGAGUCUAAUGGGGGACUUUGCCUCCUGGUGUCGCCUUAACCACCUGGAGUUCAACACCUCAAAGACGAAGGAGCUGGUCAUAGACGCGCAUGCACACACACACAGACACACAGACACACACACACACACACCAUCAUAUGCCGCUUCUAUAUUUUAUUAGGAGUGUAUUUCUUUUUUCCAUCUCUAUGCGGACUAUGUACCUUUUUCAAUGCACAAGAGUCUAUAGAGUUUAUGUAGAUUGUGUAACUUGUAUUUUAUUUUAUUUUAUCUAAUUUUAUGUUGUGACUACGUUUUGCAUGUUGCACUUUACACCUUCUUUUUCUACCUUUUUAUUUGUAAAAGCUGCUGGUAACCCGAAUUUCCUGCGGGAGUCAUCCCAAAGGAUGAAUAAAGUUUAGUCUAAGUCUGAUUAAAUUGGUUGCUAUAUAGAUUAGGAUUGAUUGACUUUGUUGACAGUAACAAAACGUGUUGUCCAUAACUAGAUAUACAGGUGUAUUAAAAAUGUACACAUAAUGCAUUUUUUAACAGAAGUGUAUCCCUAAUUUCCUGUUUUUUUGUGUUGUUGUUGUUAUUAAAAUGAUGAAGAUAAAUAAAAUUGGAGGAAUUCAUGAAAAGGAGGACUAAGCUGCUAUAGAAAAAAAUGUGUAAAAUAUAAUCAUGUUUCAAUCAAAUUGGCUUUGAGAGAUGACUUCUACACCAGGAGCUAAUCCAAUCAGAGGGCUGUCUCUCUAUUUUUUUGUAUUUUACAUCCCCAGUUCCAUAAGAGCUGGGACACUGUGUACAGCAUGAAUUGAAGUGAAAGCUUAUGCUUCCCCAUACCAUCAGAGAUGCUGCUGGUCGCUCCUUUCGUAGAAGCAGUGGAAUCGAAGUUCAUGGUUUCCAAAAAGAAUUCUAUAUUUUGAUUUGUUAGCCACAAGACAGCUUUCAGUUUCCUCUCAGAGCAUCUUCAAUGGGAUUUGGCCCCAAAGUGCCACUAUUCCUAGAUCAUGUCAUGUUCGUACAUGGUUUCCUCUCUACAGAUACAGUUUUAACUUGCAUUUGUGGAUGCUGCAACAAACUCUGUUCACAGGCAGUGGUUUUGGAAGUGAUUUGUAGCCCAUGCAGUAAUUUCCACUGCAGUCUCAAGUUUGUUUUUAAUGCAAUACUAUCUUUGAGAGACAUUAUUUGCUGUAGAUCACAAGAUCCUCAAUGUUGUCAGGGUUUUGCACGCAGCAAACUUAUUAUGGAACAGUUGGAACUAUUUCUUUAUCUAGUUUUUUACAAAGUGAUAAAUGUCUUUAGCCUUCAUUUCCAAAAGUUGUAACUUCUCUGUAAUGUCAUUUGUUUACUCAGUCAUGAUACUAAACUGUUGCUAAUUAGCACAAUUUGAUGGGAGUAGUUACUCUGUUUUUUGUUUUUUUAAGCAUCACACAACUUUUUCAGUGUUUUGUUAUCCUUGUCAUACCUGUACUUAAACAUAUUUCCGACAUGAAACGUUGGAUAAGCAUUUAUAUUCUUCAUUUAAGAAAUAACAUUUUUCAGUUUCGAUAUUUGAUUUUAGUCUGCUCUAUUUUAGGUAAAAUAUACGGUUUGGGUGAUUGGCAAACCUGUGUGUUUUAAUGUACACUGAUAACAAACAUGUCAACUCUUCUGGGAUGGAGAAUGUUAAAAAAAAAAAAAAGUAUAUACAGUUAUUAUUAUUAUUAUUUAUUUAUUUAUUUUUAAUUAUUAUUAUGUCUCACCACGAAAGAGCGGAGGUAGAAAUCGCUAAAAGAAACGCAUUACAAACAAACUUUUACUGAACUGCUGCUGUGAAACGUGGAGCUUCACCGUCCCCUGCUGAUAGAAACCGGCCUCGAGCACAGUACCUGUUUACGGACAAUCCCGAACACUUACGAAGACAACCUCCCCUGUUCUUCCCUUCAUUUCUCCCUCCCUCCUCCUCCCUUUCACGCCUAAUGUUGCUGUACCUCCAACCCUCCCCCCGUAUCAGAGGAGUAGAAACAACAAGCCGCCAUUUUGUUUGUGCGGACAGACCGUCAGAAACAGGAGGAGAUAACCGAGAGACGGAGCGACUCCGGCAACCGACUGCAGCCGCUCAGGGAACCGCCGGGAGAGGAGAGAGUGGCGAAAGCCUGGACGUGUUAUCAAGAACGGAAAAGCAUCGCCGAGACGAUAAGACGCCCGUGGACGGCAGACCGAGGCGGUGAUAUUUGUGUGCAUGAGAAGGAAAUACUCCGAAAAUCCAAGGAAGGGGGUGUUUUGCGGAGCGGAGACGGAGAGGAGAGGCGGAAGAGGGUUGUAUUUGAUCUGAACGAGGAAAAGCCUGUGAGAAAAAGGGAAAACAUCAACAUGAAAAAUCACUAUGAGUCCGUCUCAGAGGAAGGGGAGAGCCCGCAUAGACAAUUAUAUAAAUAAAUUGCUGCCGGGCAGAAGAGAGAGGUGGAAAGAAAGACGUGUUUAAAGAUAAGGGGAAAUAGCCAGGAUCAACGCGAAGGGGGGGCUUCUCCAUCACAAAGAGUCAAUGAGAGGAUUUUUACAGCCCAAAACGUUUUGAGGGGGGUGUCAACAUUGUGCCGAUUUGAAGCUUUCCGCUUCUCAAAUAGCCAUAAUUUCUGAGCGAGUCACUGUCAGUUUUUUAUCACAUUUUUGCCUGUCGCCGCUGUUGUACUCCGGCUUUUGGUUUUUCUUUUCACUUGCAUGGCCAACAUAUCCCACAAGUAGCGAGUGACAGGUAUAUAUACUGAGACUGUUAACCAUUCUUUCCUUUGCCUUGGAUAUAAAGUGUUGAAACCAAGCGAAAACCGGGGGAGGAACCUUUUCUGAUGCACUGGAGAAGUAACCCCUCGGAUCGCUCCCUGCAAAAUAAAAACUAAUAGGAUCAGUAGGUUGUCAACUGGAGCUGAGAUUUCCCUCAAGAAGUCAUCCGUCAAAAGAAAUCGAGUCUGCAUCUGGAUCGAUUCGAGCACAGCAGCGAAUUUUGACUUCUUAUUUUCAACCUUUGCUAACGCUGCUGCUGCCUACAAAAGGCACAAUCGUGAAAGGGGGGGUUGCAGCAGCCAAAUGUGCAAUACGAGUCCGUUGUUUCUGACCCAGUGCCUUGCAUGGUUAUACACACUCAAGUGCACAAUUUAUUUAGCAUGCACAUGCAAAAGAGAACUUAUGCAUGGGAAGAUAUAUCCACAUUAGACUUAACUUUAGUUUGAGUUUCUGCAGAAGUGGGACUCCAGUGUUUUUGCAGAACUGCUUUUAUUCAGCCAUCUUUACGCCAGUGCAAGUUUUUCCCUUCAGUGUUGCACCUCGAAGUUUCGCAUUUCAAACCUUUCAAACCACACACGUUGACUGUCUAGAAACGUGAAAGAAUCAGUCGCAUAUCCAGCAGUGGGGUGACUACUCGGGUGGGAGAAAUGCUGAAUGCAACUACGGAUCUUAUCACCGUUGCAUGAGAAAACAACCUCUAGAAGUUGACACAGGAAAUCUCCUGCGUUGUGAUUUCGUCGUUUUCUUUCCUAGACAGACUGAGCUGGUUAAAGGGCUGAAAGGGGAGAUUUCUCCGCCGACCAUGGCGGGCAGGACUUGGUCCAGCUCAGAGGACGAAUUCUGGGAUGAUUUUUGGGUCUCUGAAGAAGCUACAUGAGGUUGUCAGAGCACGCUCGCCUUUUCUAUCGACUCCACCUUCCCACCUCCUCCUGCUCCAAUCUGUGAAGAAACCAAAUCUCGGACAGGGGAGGGGGCUGAUAUCUGCAGAGGAAUACACCGAGAGGAGGAACUGUGAGGGAAACAGUUCAACACUGCUGUCUUCCCCCUACCGUCCCCCAAACGGUGGGGGAACCAUCAGGUGUAUUUUUGAAAGGGAGAAGGAGACGCAAAUAACAGGGAAAUAACAUUUCCCUCAGUGGAUUUACUGAUUUUUUUUUUAAUUCGUCAAAAAAUAUGGCUGAUAAUGUCCUGGAGUCCGGCCCGCCUUCAGCCAAGAGGCCAAAGCUGUCCUCUCCAGCUCUCUCCGUGUCUGCCAGUGAUGGAAAUGGUAAAUAAAUAUUUUUAAUACUAUGUUGGACAAUUUCUAGCUUCGUCUGAUGGCGUGUUCAGGGCUGGCCAGUCUUAAGAGUACCAGAAGAGUUGCACUGCAAGUUCAAUCUUUCACUAAUCUGAUGCUUUAAGGCGGAAAUAAACGCGAGUCGUGAUAAUUAUGCACAAUUGUGACACAUAUGUACUUUAGACAAAACUUAGUGUUGUGUUGGUGGCAGGGGUAACUUUCCAGCUGCGAUGUUUUGAUGCGUUAGCCACAGCAGGCUAACUAGCUCCCAACUACAGGGUCCAACUCCAAACAAUGGAAGAGUCGAGUCACCCCAGUUUACUCCAAGUUGUCUCUUGAGUUUAAAAGUUAAAAGAACAAAAAACGAAUACACACGAGUACAGAACUGUGGGACUCACCAAUGUCCCCGUUAACAAAAGGUCUUAAUACUAUUACCAAACUAGCUUUAGGAGAAAGUAACGGUAACCGAGCAAGCUAGCUCACUAGCUAGACAGAUAACCCCACCGGACCGGCUCAGCUGAGCUCGGUAGCUGGCUAGCAUGAAAAUAAUUGAUGAGUUACUCAUCAAACCAUACCAGAGAAACCGAGCAACGUGAUAUAAAGUGGCGUUUUCACAGUGGCUUUUCAGAUACACGUAUUGUAUAUUUGGGAUACCCAUCGAUUUGUUUGGCCGAACUGUUGGUUUUAGUGAUUUGUUGUCGGUAAAAGCUAACUGUCCAUUGUUCGGCACUUCAUUGAAGUUGCGCUAAGCGUUGCUCCUUAGUCGUAGAUGUAGCUGUGUCCAUGUUAACUCUGACCCUGUUCUGUGCUCAAUCUUAUGGUAGAAUCUACACCUAUGUCUUGAAGUCUCACUUUAAAGCUUUAAUUGAAAAGCGGAGAGUUUUUCAAUUGUUUUACCGGCUAAAAGCCUAUUCUUGUUCAUCGUCCAUUGUUUGCCUCCACUGUGUCACUGCGGUGCACCAAGUGCAGUUCACUUUUGAACAUAGUUAAUUCUAACCAGACCGUUUUAAUUGUUCUUACUUUGGUCACUUUUAAGGCUUAAUUUCGGACUAAAUCAUUGAUGUUGGACAGCUAGCUCUAAACAUAGGGCAUCACUUCGUAGGGAGACAGAAACUUGGUGAUAUUAGACUUUAACUGAAUAUAGUUAAAUGUCCUCAGAGACGCAUCGUUAAGAAGUAGACAAAUUUAAGGGCAGAUCAUGCAAACAAGACAAGGUCUAAAACAAUCCACAGUAGCUUAUAUCAGUAUUGAAUUAAAAUCAUCACAUUAGACAAGAGUACUAUUUAAUCUAUCGCUGCUGUUUUCAAUGUAUGUGCAGUCUGCAUAAUAGUUUCUGUAAACCAAUAACUGUAAUAUGAAUAAUUAUAUUAAGUAGCAAUGAAUGUACAGCACACCCCUUUAUAUCUAUGUUACACAUUUCUCAGUAUCCAUCUUUUUCCACUACAUCUCAUUUGGCAGAGUUGUUGCCAGAACUUUGAUUUGAAAAAUGAAAAAUGAUAGAAAAGGUUUGACAGCAAGAAAAGUAAAGAGGACAAGUAACUUGCUUGUACAUUCAACAAAACUCUGGUACAUCAUACCUACAGACUGGCCCUCAGUUUCAGCGGGCAGCACAGUUCAUUAAAUGUUGGUUUUGAUCAUAAUAUUAACCUCAUUACAAUUAAAAGAUAUCAUUAGGGGUGAUUACUGUCAAGAAAAAACAUAUGCAGCAAAGCAGACAGAGAGCAAGAUGAGGUGAACAUGUGUUAAUGAAGCAGAGGGACACAGUGAGCACAGAAAGCAGGAUAGCAGCAUCAUUGAGUGUUGGCACAUGUUUAUGAGCUCAUAACUGUGUGGCUAAAUGUCAACAUACCUGGAAAUCAGUAUAAUUUACAAAGUUUUGAGAUACAGCCUCAAAAUUUCAGGCCCAAACCAGACAUCCAAAAGACUGUUAUACUGUAUAUUAAUUCUGUAACUGUGUCGAAAUAAAAUAAAUGCAUGUUAAGAUAAUUUAGUUUAUCACUGCUGUAUAAAUAAGCUUUGUGCCUCACUGUACUGUCAAAACCGAAUCAAAGUUUACAUUCGAAUUUAACUUUUAUGCUAGAGGAUGCCAAGUUAUGAUGGCCCCUGUGAACCAAAACUGCCAUGGCAUGUUUUUUUUUUCCAGUCCACCCCUGGCAGGUGAUAUAAACAGUAUGUAUGGAUGUGAUGGCACACAUGGAAAAAGCUGCUGUUAAGAUUAUGUUAAAAAGUGAUUAGAAAUGAUUUGCUUGUUAUUGAUCAAAAUAAUUGUGAUCAUCAUAUUGACCAUAAUCAUACAGCUUGAGGAAAAUGCAGGAUGUUUUGCAGGAAAACUCAUGAGCAUCUUAAAUUCAAGAACUAUUCACUACGUUUUCAUGAAUCUGGAAUAAAAACUGAAAUAAUCAUGCACCCCUGCAAAAUGAAUGUCACUGAUAGCCUGAGCUUGUCAAAGUUGAUGAAAGUAGGUAUGACUACUGAUACCAUUUGCUUUUUCACCACAUUACUGUAGAUCUAAUGUACACACCUGCCUGGGUUCUAAAGUGUUUACCUCUCUGUGGCUUCUCACCCUGACCCUUCUGGGUUCACUCUUCAUGUUUGGCUACCCAUCAAACCACAAACUGAUGCCCAGGAGAGAAGUCCGAACUGUGAGCUGCAGACACGGCUGCAGAGUAGCUGCUGGCCCUCUGCUCAAGGACUGUAGCUUAUAGCCCAUAUCAGGCCUGUUAUGUUUUUUUUUUUUUAAAUUAAAUAAAAGGUUGAAAAGUUGUAUAUAUAAAUAUAUACUUUUUUUUUUCUUUUCUUUUUUGUGAACUAUUUUUUUUUUUUCUCUGUUUCUAGAUUUUGGGUCCCUCUUUGACCUGGAGCAUGACCUCCCAGAUGAACUCAUCAGUUCUUCAGACCUUGGUCUAACAAAUGGAGGGGAUGUCAGCCAGCUCCACACCAGUCUUGGAGGUCUUACAGGGGGUCUUGGUAUGGGAGGCCAGGAUGCAGCUGCAAAACACAAACAGCUGUCUGAACUGUUGCGGGCUGGUGCACCAGCUCAGCAGGGUGGCCCAACUUCCAACAGCACAGCAUCAGGGGUUUCCAUGGGGAUGAUGGGGGGCGUUGGCGUCCCUCCUGGUGGACCUCAGGGCAUGCCUCCCCAACAACAACAGCAGCAGGCUGGACUAAUGCAGCAGGUUGGGAUGGUUGGAGGGCUAAAUCGGGCAGCUGCUAUGAUGGGUGCUCAGAAGGGGAACACUGGACAGCAGCAGGGCCUGAUGGGGGGGCAAGUGAUGAAUGGAUCACCGAGAAUGGGUUACCCUGGCAGUGCAGGGAUGGGAAACAAUAAUAUGUCGGCGGACACCCUGCAGCAGCAACAAGGAGGGCAGCAAAUGGGACCUGGGGGUCCAGCAGCGAUGAGACCACAGCAGCCUGGCGCACUGAACAAGGUAAGGACACUCUGCCUAACAGGGAUGGGUUGGGAUAGUUCAAUGAGCCUUUUUUGGGAGGACAGUUUUCAUAAAUUUGUGCUCAGAUCAAAGGAAGAUGUUUUUUUGGCUAUGUCAAUUAUACUUGUGUUGGAUGCGUUUGAACAGUUCUUUCAGUUUUACAGCAGGAAAAUACAGACAUCUUUUCGUAUCUGAAUGGUGCUGUAGACUGUAGUUAUCUUGAGACUGCAGAGGAUCAGUUCUCCAGAUCAGGUGUGAGUGUGGUCAUGUUUUGGAUUCAUAGCCAUAUCACUGUUCACCUUGUGGUUAUUGUGGUAAACCUCCUUACUCGUUGAUUUACCACGUGACUACUGAGAUUUUGCUUCAAGUGUGUAAUGGUAGCUUUGAAAUAAGUAUUACCAUAACAAAAAGUGUGUGUGUGUUCACUCGUCCUCACUGAAUCAGGAACCAAAGUAUUUCUAGUAAUGCCAUCCCUUUGAAACAUGCAUCAGUCAAGUGUUUGUGUUUACAUGUCAUGUAAGAUUGUUUUUAUUGUAGACUUAAGUUUUUGCAAAACCAGAUCAGAGAUGUUUUGACUCGAAGUUCAGAUGGCAUGACUCUUGUGGUUGUCAAAGAACAACUGGUUUGUUUUGACAGUGAAGUGAAUUCACACAGUGAUUGUAGACAGGUGGAUUACAUUUGUUUUUAAAACCUAUAUCCUGUCUUUAAUGUUACAUUUAUUUUGUAGGCCAGGUUAUGACAGGAAUAGUGGCAUGCUAGUAUGAAAACGUACAAUGAAAGACUCACCUUUAGGAAAGCAGUUGCACACGAGCAGAAUUUGAUGGCUUACAAGUCAGUUAAAGCUUAUACCUGAUUCAAAAUGCUGUAAUUUCAGCGUUUGAAAUUUCGAACUGAAAAUUCUCAUGUUUAUGAACAAUGUAUUUUAAACUUGGCAUCAGUUAAAGAGCAUUUGUAACAGGGCCUUGAACUCUUCUACUACGGAGCUGGGCUGUUGUGAUGUGGGCAGAAUGUGGUUUGGCAUCUUCUCGCUGAAAUAUAAUGUCUUCCUAAAAAAAAAGGACCUGAUCUGGACGGCAGAAUAUCUCCAAAGCCUCUACAUAUGGUUGAGCAUUAAUGGUGCUGGAAUUGCUGGAAUCAUUUUCUUCUCCCAGUCUCUCAGAGUUGUGACCAUCCUUGUCCUGAAAAAUUCAGCCUGUCUGAAGUGUCCCUUUUCUACCUCAUUGGUUACUAACCUGUUGCAAAUGAGAUGGUCCUUUAGACAUUAUUUUUUAGAAAAUACAACUUUGUCAGUGUUCUUGUCCCAACUGUUUUGAAACUUGUUUCUGGUAUCAAAUGUAAAAUAAAAGUGGAUUUUCCCCAAAACAGCAAUUUUAGUUUCAACAUUGGAUUUUUUGUCUUUGCUAUGUUGUUCAUCAGAUUUAGGAAUCAAAUAACUUGCAAACCUCCCAAAUCUGUUUUAUCAGCAUUUUACUGCGCUUUCACUCUUAAGGUCUCAACAUUGCAUUUAUUUCCUCCUUUUCUACUUCCCCUCUUUUUCAUUCCCUUUCUCUGUACUUUCACCUCUCUCCUCAGAUGAAUAUGAUGGCCAACGCCGGCCCCUAUGGUGGUCCGUACGGUCAGUCUGCAGGCCAGGGGCUACCUGGAGCAGGGCUGGGCCCACAGCUCCAGAAUAAGACAGGUCUGCCCAACAAUAUGGCCGCCCAGUUCAACAUGGACAAAAAGGCGCCACUGGGUCAAGGGAUGGCUGGGAUGGUAGGAUCUGUUUUUUGCUUCUCUGAAUAUGUGGAAAAGUUGAAACUGCAUGUACAUGUGUGUGAGUCACAGUGGCUUAUUUUUUAACACUUAGUUGACAAAUGGGAAUCCUUAAAACUGUAUGCAAGGACCAAUCGGAGUGGUGUUUCAUUUCAUGGUUCAACUGAGCUUCUCCAUGACUUUGAAAAUAUACAAACUCAAAGCCCUACAUUUUCAGUGUUCACAGCUGCAGUCCGUUCUUUUCAGGUUACCUGUCACCAUUUUAAGUUCUCAUAAACUUAAGUUUUUGCAGAACAAAUCUCAGCAAUAGAAGCCCACAGUUUUUGGUUUAGUCUAUAAUUCAAACAAUCCCUGAGGUAAAACUCAUCUGUGAUCAUUUUAACCCCAAAUGUUAACUGGGGAGGAUGUGCAGGUAUAUUUGGCUAUGUAGCAGCUCCACUUGGAAGAGGCAGAUUUUUACAGACUUCUCUAAAACUGAUGCCGAAAAAUGCCAAGCAAAAUUAUCUGCUUGUUAGCUUGUGGAGGAUUUCAGAGAAACUUUUUAUCAAGGAGAAUCUGCUUGAUGGAAGUCCUCCGUUUUGUAAGAGAAAAUUCAAAAGACACAGUUUCCUUGUCUGUUUUACACGGGAAGAAGUUGCUCAAAUGGCCAAUCCCCAAAAAAAAAAAUCACACACAUCUCCAAGAAAUAAAUCUACUCGAACCAACUAAAUACUCUCAACCGGCCUGUUAGAUUUCAUUGAGUGACUGUUCAAGUCCAUAAACUGGAUGUUAACAUGCAAACUGGAAUCUUCAGUUUGCUACACUAACAUAGGCACAAAAACCAAUGUCUAAGUAAGCUGCUCUGCUGAACCUCAAUUCGUAGGAUCAGGACUUAUUUUGGCUACUAACCAGAAGCCCAUUGUAGUUUUUUUUAUGUCCCGGCAAGAGGUUUGAUUAGGACUGGGCGAUUAUAUGAUUGUCAUAAAUUUCAGUUCGAUCACGGUGAUAAGCUGACAGCAUAUUUACUCGGUCAAACAUGGCGGAAAUGUGCGUCACAACAGUCAAUCAGAGUCAAGCUUUUCCUGCUCACUUCUGUAAGUUGCCAGAGAAGUAAACAGGAGAAGUAAAUAAAAUGACCGAACACGGAGCUAAACGUGGAGCUGAGGGCAGCAAGAUAGUUGUCAGCCGUGACUUUGAGUCAUUCUCCGAAGAUGUUAUUGUUUAGAAGUUAUUUAACGUCAGUUGUGUGGCGGUGGUAUCUCCAAAGUGACAUCGAGUAAUUAAGCCGAUGAGCAAGGUAUGUCGGCGGUCGGUGCCCUCAAAAACCGGCUACACAACAAAUCAGUUUAAUCAUUUGUAGAAGUACCUCCCUGAUGAUUAUGCGGAAAGCAUGGAAAUGUGAGCGGAGUCUGUACAGCCUGCUACUGCUGACGGCACGAGUAGCAUCAGCAGUUUAGCCACAACAAGCGGUGCAGCCACCAGACCUAGGCAGCUAUUAAUCGUAUCAUUUAUGUUUACAUCAUCUAAUGUUUACAUUUUAAGGCGUCUUCAUUAUCUCUGACGGGGCGAUUUGUUUAUUUUGGGUUUUACAUAACAGCAAAAACACUCAGGACUGUAAACUAAUUUACUGAUCGUGAUAUCUAGUAUAUCUAGUAUCUUGAUCGUGAUAUUAUCAAGUAUUUAUCUACAUUUGUUGUACUGUUGAGUUAAAAUGUUUUUUUGUAUUUUUCUAAGUGUAUCUUACUCAAUUUGCUUUGUUAUUUACUUCGUAUGUUAAUAAAAUGUUGAACUAAUCUCUAGUUUCUUUAGUUUUUAGUACAGAUGCUUUAAAACAGGAAGUUUAAAAAUAAUAAUAAUAAUAAUGAUCGAGAUCGGACGAUAUGACAAAAUAAAUCGUGAUCAUUUUUUUUGCCAAAUCGCCCAGGCCCAGGCUUGAUGCAGUUUUAUUCCUAAAGGGUGACUAGUGGCUGUUUGUGGUGAAGUUUGUGGGACUAAAGUGAUCAAGUUAAGAAGAGUUUGACUCAACUUCUUUGGUGGGAAUACUUGAGAAAGUCACUGUCCCAAUGUGUGUGUGUGGGUGGGUGUUGGUGCUUCUAUUUUCCUGUCCAUGUGAGGAGCUUGUGUUUGAAUAUACCUUUAUUUUGGGGACAAAUUGUUUUGGAUUGCACCUGAAAGGCUGUAGUGAAACAGUUUGUUUUAUGUGUGUGCCUGAACCCCCCUGAUUAAAAUGUGCACUAAUUUCUGCCUUUCAUGUAUUCAGGAUUUAUACGUACUAUUAUCACUUAAAGUUUUUCUUCAAUCACCUGACCAGAACUUUUUUUAUCAACUGUAUUUUACCCGUUUAUCCACAGAGCAUUUGAGACAGUUAAAUUGCUCAUCUACUUUGCAACCUCUUGUACCCUUUUCCCCUUUUCAGAGACUGUGAAAACAGAGUCUGUGGUUACAUCCAUAAAAACUUCUUUAUAAAAACCAUGUUCUUUUGACAGCUAACACCUCGUCCAUAUUUGUUUAUGUAGCCAAACAUGUUCAAUCUUGUGGGCUGCUCUAUUUCAACAUGCAACUUUGACGAUUCAGUUGAUUUGUUGAGCUCACUACAAUAAAUCUGUUCAUUCCUGAUCAUUGUCUUUGUGAAUACUUUUCAUAAACAUUGAUUUUUGCUUUCUCUCUCUCUUUUGCUCUCGCGCUCUCUCUCUCUCUGAUGUCGAAGCAGCAGCCCGGGGCAGUGGGUGGUGUUUCCCUCAGUGCAGCAGCAGCAGCAGCAGCAGCAGUGGGAGGGCCCCAGGUUGGGCUCAACGCCGUAGGGGCAGGUCCCGGAGCAGCACCCCCCACUGCAGACCCUGAGAAGCGGAAGCUGAUCCAACAGCAGCUGGUCCUGUUGCUCCAUGCGCACAAGUGCCAGAGGAGGGAGCAGGCCAACGGGGAAGUGCGGCAGUGCAACCUGCCCCACUGCCGCACCAUGAAGAACGUGCUCAACCACAUGACUCACUGCCAGGCCGGCAAGUCCUGCCAGGGUGAGUCUGGUCAAUUAUACUGAUUGCUGGUUCUCGUGUGUUUGGUUAACAUCAUAAACACUAAGCAGGGUUUAAAGGUGUUGUACGUCUUUUUUUUGUGCAUGUUCUUGUUUGUAUUCUAUUGGUUUACCUCCCAGUUGUUUAGUGUCACAACUUGCUAACCUAGCUUCUCGCUGUGCAGCCAACAGUUUUUUUUUUUUUUUUUACCAAACUUUAUCUUUGAGUAUUUUGUCAAAGUAGAAUGAUUCAAUAAAACUAAGUAAAUAUGACCGAGAAAUGUUCAACCUUAAGCUUUUAUUCAGGUUGUCAAACAUCAGGGUCAUCAAUUACACUAGAAUAGAGACAAUAAAAACGCUUUAACUUAUAACACAAAAAAGAAUGACCUUGGUUUGGUUUAGGGCAGUUUGGUACAGUAAGCCUAGAUCAUGCUUGCAUUUUCACAGCAAACUUUACCUAUCCUGGUGCUUCGUGAAUAAGUGUCGGCUGAGUGAUGGCCUUAAAGUUGGCUGGAUGUUUGUAGACAGAACAAACUGUUUUUCGGUGUGAAUUUUGGUGUGAGCAGCACAUCUUAACAAAUUCUCUUAUUUUACUUUUUCAAGCUACGCAGAAAAAGGCCCAAAAAAGAAUCACUUACAGGCUUUGUUUUCUCUUUAUCAGCUAUCACAAGUUGAAAAUAUACUGUACAUACACUUCGAAAUUGCAAAUAAAGCAGUGGCCCCCAUAUUUUGAUAUAGUGCUUUUAAUCUGAAGUUGUACUAAAGGCAAUUAUUUGCUCAAAGACAUAAUUUUAUCUCUCUGCGUUCACACUUAAACUGCAGGUAAGCUCUGUUAAUUAUUGAAUAACAUCAGGUUAUUUGUCUUUUGCGAUCCCGCUCCCCUUUUUCAGCCACCGCUGCCCCGCUCUGCUGAUGACUGUGUGAAUUAAGCACCCGUUGAUGACCCCGAACAGCUGUCAACACCCCAGGCCAUUUCCUGUCAUGAAUAAAAACAUAAAAAAAUAUAAUCAUGAUUAGUUGUUUAAUGAAAUCAGGAUAGAUAUGAUAUUAUUCAGGACAAUCUUUCCUUUACACUUCUCAGUCUUUGCUGUUUAGGGUUGGAUUGGUCCACUUUGCCAGCAUAGAGGGCCAAAAAGUAUGAUGGUCCAGUUUUUUGAUAGCGGACAUGUAAAAAAAUAGUGAUAUUACUGCACUGAACCAGACUCUUCAGUGUGAGCAGAUUGAGAAGCACACCAAUAGAAGUACCUAAAGAAUAUAAAGAACAACCUAGAGAGACGUCUAAUACAAAAAACACAUAAUUCCACAAUAUUUAGUAACAUAAUAAUUUACCAAAGUUUGCUUUAAAUGCAUGGUUUUGACAUAGUGACCGAGAAGAGUCGAUUAAAAAGUGGAACUGCAGAUGUCCCAUCAUGCUUUUUAAAGUGGUGGUGGUGCAGGAAUAGCAUAGCAGGUAGGAUCACUUUAAAUCAACUUUUCCCCCUUAUAUUAAAUCAUGCAGUAAUAGCCUGCUGUAAUUGAACAUUUAGGAGAGGUAUUUUUGGGCACCUUCACCAGCAUUUGAUAAAAUGAAAAGGUAUUUUCUGAUAAUUCUACAUGUUCUGAUUGUUUGUAAGAACUUAUAAGCAUGUCUACUCUCUAGUACGAGGGACGGUUUUUCAGUGUGAGAGAGAUGUGAGAAAAGGAAAACUCAGGAAAAUGUCCCGAAACUGUUUUGAAACUUUCAGGGCUGCUUAGUACAAGUACAAAUAUAUACUACAUUCAACUCAUUUGAGUUAAAAGUGCUGGUAAUGCUAAAAGAACUAGUCUAAAAUAACCCGAGUGAGUAAUGUUGAUGACAUCCUAGCAGGCUGUUUUACUGUAAUUUCUCCUUUUUUUCUCCCUCUUCAGAUUUUCUAACUAAAUGACUCAUACAAUAACUUUUUGACUCUGCACCCCCUCUUUCUUCCUUUUGAAUCUCCUGUUUCUCAUUAUUCUGGUCUCCUUAUUUAUGCCCUCCUUCACUCUGUCACCAUUUCUCAUCUCACUUGUUCUCCCUCCCCAUUUCUCUUUUCGCUCUUUCCCUCUUUUAUCCACUUCCCCUUCCUUUUCGCCGACGUUUCUCACAUUCUCUCUUUUUUCCUCCUUUAGUGGCUCACUGUGCCUCGUCCAGACAGAUCAUUUCUCAUUGGAAGAACUGCACACGACACGACUGUCCUGUUUGUCUGCCACUGAAAAACGCUGGAGACAAGAGAAACCAGCAGUGUGAGUGUUCCAGCACAGGCUCCUGGCUCUUAUCUUCACAUUAUUGGCAUUAGCCGCAAUAAAAAGAUUGCAUGACUGUUGGCUUGAAUCCACCGAUGCCUAAACCUUUCUUUUCCUUGUUCCCUUUCCUCUCCUCAACAGCUCUAGUCAACAGUGCUGGUUUGAUGAACUCUUUAGGUUCAGGGGUGCCUGGCGGACAGGCAAACACUCCAAACCUGAACCCUCCUAGCCAGAUAGACCCCAGCUCCAUAGAGCGGGCAUAUGCUGCACUCGGCCUUACGUACCAGGGCAACCAAAUCCCUCAGCAGUCACCACAGAACAACAUGCAGAACCAGGGGCUGCAGGGCCAGCCGGGGAUGAGGGCUCUAAACAACAUGGGUUAGUUUGGAUACUCAUUUCUCACCUUGCAGAUUAGGUUUGUCUUUGAUUUCAUGUUGAAAGGACCCUGCAUCUCUAUCUACUGCUAUUACAAAAGAAUGAAGCCAAAAUGGAAAAACACUCAUCAGUUUUUGCUCUGGUUGUGAAAGGUCUUUCCGUCUCCUGCUCUCACACUAAAGUUUGGUCAAUUUGGGAUCAUCUGACUCAAGUGAUCGACACUUGAAUCAUACAUAACAGGCGCAGCAAAUUUUCAAACUUCCUCUCUGUUCGCAGGAGGAAACUCUCUGGGAGUGAACGGUGGAGUUGGUGUGCAGUCACCCAACCAGCAGUCCAACCUUCUGCCAAACGCCAUGAUGCACAACAACAUGAAUGCACAGAGGUAGGACCCCCUCUCAUUGGUCAGAACUUUAAACACGGCUUCAGUUUAUUAUAAGAGGCUGCAACAGAGUAUAAUUAGUUCUAUAUUUGCUGAGGUCUGACUCCUCCCUUUCCUCUGUGUCUGUCGUUUCCCCCCAGCUUGAUGAAUGAUGGUUUGGGGAACCUAGGCUCAUUGCCCACGGCAGCUCCUCCCUCAGCUGCAGGCAUGAGGAAGUCGUGGCAUGAAGACAUCACACAGGACCUCCGCAACCACCUUGUCCACAAGCUGUGAGUCACAAUCAAAAAAAUCUCACAUGAAAAGGGCUUUAUUAUUACAACCCUGAUUUCAUGAGAGAUAUGAUGCUCUAUAAAGUGUUGUUUAGAAAAAAAGUGAAUGAGUUUCAUAUUAUUUGAAGCCCAUGUGCCCUUGAAAUAGUGAAAAACAAAUGACAUAUCAAAUGUGAAAAUUUUAAAGAUUUGGUUGUUUUAUGAGGGAUAUAUGUUGAUUUCAACAUUUAUGCCAGCAUCAGGUUUUAAAUGAAACAUUUUGUUGCAUCAUCUUUGCUUUAACAACACUUUCUAAAGGUUUGGCAACACAGGAGUCCAUUGCCUCAAGAUUUCAAACUCCAGAGCCUCCUUUGUUGUAGUUUCGGUGUUAUGGUGUGCCAAAAGUUUACCAAGUAUUUGAAUUUGAUGCCACCAACACAUUUUUAAGAGGUUGGCUUGGGAGCAACAAAACAUGGAAAAGAUGUGCGGUGCUAAAAAAAAAAAAGAGUUGUGGAAGAACAUCCCCCAACUACUUGGGUUUAUCUGCAAGAAGUUAGUAACGUGCUUUUAAAUAGGUUCCUAAAUGAGUCACAUGACUUUGAAAUCUUAGAGUGUCGGCCACGAUAAGGAAAGGGGUUUCAUUGCUUCCUGUAUUACCUCCUUUAGCAAAGGAAACAUUGUGCCAUCCUAUAUGAAAGGGGAGAAGGAAAAUGACCCAUGACUUUUUGCACCAACUUUAUUCAAAGUUACACUCUUCACCAUGUGCAUGACAACAGACUAUCACUAUGACAGCAUCUGAUUUGAAGGCAAAUUCACUGGAUUGAACAACUUCUUUCAUUUAAGAACAGCUGAAAACGGAUGGCAGUGAUCUUCAGGUCGUCAUGCCGAAGUACAUGUAGAACAAACAUAACUCUGCAGUGGAAAUCACAAAAUGGGCUUAAAAAUUAACAUCCAAAAAGCAUUGUUACUGCGUCUACAUGUGCAGGUUAUAACUUUUCUAUGCAAAGAGGAAACCAAAUGUAAACAUGGUACAGAAAUGCUGCCUGCAGCACUGGGUCUGAGCCUAUUUAACAUCCUCCACUUAUAAGAGGAGAUGAACUAUCCAGCUUGUUGAUACACAGUUUUAAAACCAGUAUUUGUAACAGUGUGAUAAUGUAAACAUGCCUGACGCAUGUCCAGUUCACACAUCUGGGGAGCCACCAUGAACUGUAAACAAUAUAUAAAGGUUUUUUGGCAACAUAUACUGGUAACUCGUCCUGCAGGGAGGAUAUUGCAUGUUUUAGUAAGACAAUGCAAAACCUCAUUACAACAAUGCAACCCUGUAGUAGAAGGGUUAGGGUGCUUAAUGGGCCUGUCCUCAGUCCUGACUUGUUGCUCACUGAAACCACUUGGUGCAUAAGGAAACAAAAAAUAGGACAAAGGAGACUCUGGACUGUUGAGCAGUGGUAGUCUUAAAUCAAACAAAAACUGGGAUGACAUUUCUUUUCCAAACUCCAGAAACUGGUCUCCUCUGUUCCGAAAAGUUAUCAGGGUUACUAAAUAAAUAUGCUUCUGUCCUAACUACUUAGACAACACACUUCCAAACAGUGUCUAUUUAAACAUUUUUAGUUCAACAAUGAAUCGGUUGAAUAUGAACUGUUUUUAAAUAUGUAGGGCCUAAAUGAUUGGCAAACCAUCCAUUUUCAUUUUUAUCAAUGCAGUGUCCUCCAGUAAUCUUCAAUGGGUUUGUCUGACCUCAAGUUGACUGUUGCUUUGUGUCUUUAUGCUUGUGUGUUUGUGUGAGCAGAGUGCAGGCCAUCUUUCCCACUCCUGAUCCAGCUGCUCUGAAGGAUCGACGGAUGGAGAAUCUGGUGGCUUAUGCACGAAAAGUCGAGGGGGACAUGUAUGAGUCUGCGAACAGCAGAGUAAGAGAAAUACUCACAGAGAGUCAAGUAUUGCAUUAUCACCAUCAAUCUAGAGUUCUGGGGUGUAGGGUUUUAUUUUUGGCUGUAUCCUGUAAUGUCUCCUCUUGGUUGUCGUAUUUGUUUUAGGCGGAGUACUACCAUCUUCUGGCAGAGAAGAUCUACAAAAUCCAAAAGGAGCUGGAGGAGAAGAGGAGGACGCGGCUCCAGAAACAGGGCAUGAUGCCGGGCCAGACUGGCAUCGCAUCUCCAGGCCUCCCACAGGGACCUCCAAGCAUGGGACAGCCUCCCAUGAACCCUGGGCAACCCCCCAGUAUGUAAACACACACCCCUCUCUUUGUUAAUGCGUGGACACAACUGAGAAAUGCUCAAAGAAACAGAGCUCAAUACCGGUUUUGUUCUGUGAAGAAGAACUCCACUUCACUUUUUUUUUUUUUCACUGUGGUAAUGUCUUCUUGUCACCCUGUCAGAUGGUCCUCACGCAGAUCCGUCCAUGGUCAGACCAGCUGGGCCCAAUCAGAUGGUCAACAGGAUGCAGAACCCUGCAGGUAUGUCUCCAGAAAGUGUAAAUUAUAUCUAGAAGAGGGUUAUUAAGUAUUGAUGUGCCGUUCAAUUUUCUGCUUACUAACACAUCAUCCAAAAUUAGGCUUACGGUCCUAAAUGAGCUUUUUGUUCCGUCAUCAUAGUCAGGGUUGCUUUCAGUAUGUUCUUCCAAUCUUAUCUUAAAUACUUUGAAUGAUUAUUUUCUCUGUAGUUACCACACACUGCCUCUGAAGGGCAGAAUAGCUCAGUUUGUUCAUCAAGGAAGCACCAUGGCGUCUGCCAAUCAGACCAACUUUUCAUUAGAGCAGAAGUUUUCAGGGUUCAAUGAAGUCGGAGUAAAUAGAGAGUAAAUGAACAGACUUCAAGUGAAUAGUACCUGUCAAUCUGCACCUUCCUCCAGAUUUGAUCGUGUGUCUCAUUUCUGUCCUUUCUCCCCUGGUAGGAAUGAACCAGUUCAGUCAGAUGGGGAUGCAGUCAAUGGGUCAGAGGUUGACCCCACCUUUGCCUCCAAAUGCUCCACUAAACCAGGUCAGUAUCACUGUCCCAGUCUUUUUCUCAGAUUCCUUUGACAUUGAAUUAACUCACAAAAGUACAAAAAAAGUCAUCCACCCUGGUUUCCUAAAGUUUAGAAUGAGGUUGUUAAACAAAGCGCAGUGUGAGAUCUCAAGCAUCAUAGCAGUUCAGUCAUGCUGAGUCUAUUCAAAUCCAUAUUUUUACAGAAAAAUAGAGGAUUAUGCAGCGAUCAUGAUGAAAUAUAACCUUGACCAAAAAGUAAAAGCAUAAUGUCAAAGAACAUAGUUAGAUUUUUCCAUAAAAAAGAAGUAAAGCGAAGUUUACACUUCUCAAAUCCUACCUGCUUUGAUCAGACCUUUUUAUUCAUGCAUCUUUUCCAGAUGGGUAUGGGAGCGCCAAGGAUGGGUCAGCCCAAUGCCACACAGCUACAGAACCAGUACCUCCCUCCAGGUCAGUUCCCCGGGUCCAGUCCUGGACGAGGGUCUGGUCCUGUUGGUGUGAACCAGCCUGGGGCUCAGGCUCCUGUCCCACAGGUAAGAGACUGACACUUCUAACAGCAAGAACAGUUUCUAUGACUGCUGGGAGAGGGUAGAUCACCACCUACUGUAGCAGAGGUGGACAUAAUUGGUCACAACAAGGACAGUACAGGGCUUUUCCUUCUCUAACCUCUGCUUCCUCUCCUUUGCAGCAGAAUCAGAUGCCCACACCGCCUUCCCUACCAGCCAGCAGCCCUGCAGCACAGUCGGCUUCUUCUGCUCCUGGCUCCGGGGCCCCAGGAGGCUCUAUUGGGCCCGGCAGUGUUGGGGGUGCUGGACCCCUAAACAACCUACCCCCAUCUUCCACCCCCACACAGCCAAACUCAUUCCCUCACUGCCCGUCUGUACGGACAAACUCCCCUUCCCCAGCACGCAGCUUAACGCCUCAGCCUCAUCAAACACCACCCACGCUACCUGGGUGUCAGACCCCACAGCCACAGACUCCUAGCACCCCCCAGCUGCCUCCUCCACAGCAGCAACAACAACAACAGCAGCAGCAGCAGCAACAACAACAACAACAACAACAAACUCCACAGCAGCCAUCAGGGCCGAACGGGAGCUCUGAGAAAACCAAUCAGCUUCCACAGCAGAUGCUUGGGGGUGCAGCUUCGUCAGCCCCACAAGCAGGUCAGGUGCCUACCCAGAAUGCUCAUGUGCCAUUACAGCGGCCACAGACCCCGGUGAGUAAAGCUGCCACUUGAUCACUUAUCAAACCAGAACCUUGAAGUAUUCAGCUGUUUUAAACCUUCAGUCUGUGAUGCUCUUCAUCCCUCAUCCUUUCUACUGUAGGAUCCAUCCAGUCCCCAGUACAGCAUCUUCACACAGCACAUUAGUGUCUCUUUUCCACUGUCACUGUGAUGGCUGUGUGGUAAUACUGGCUGUAUCCCACAGUAUGAAAGAGACAAUCUUGAUGCUUGUCCUUUCAAAGUGCCUGAGUUAACCAAAUCCCCAUGACAGCAAUCUUUUGUGUGACAUCAUACUCGGCGUGGAAAGCUCAAAUAUUGUUAUCCAGUCUUCAUGCUUUGAGACCACAAGUGAAAUGCUUAGUUAGUUGUUGUUUGCUGCUUUCAAACAGACCUUGUAAAGUCUCAAUGUCAUGUAAAAGGAAGUCUUGGCGUUAAAAGUUGUAACCAAGUGGAAACACCGUCAUGCCAAAACUCACAAAAACUUCACGACAGUAAAAGAUCAGACUACUGGAAAUAUUAUCCAAUCCAAUUCAAUCCAAUCCUUUUUAUUUAUAUUGCACAUUUUUAAAACAAUCAAUUUUAUCAAAGUGCUACACAGUGCAAUAAAAUAAGUAAAAACACACAGAACAUGAAAUGUUAAAAUAAAAGAAUCAUAAGAAAAACCACAUAAAAACACUUUAAAAUUAAACAAUGAAGAAAUAAAUACAAAAUAAAAACACUGAAAGAGCAAAUUAAAGAAAAAAAACAAUAAAAGAAAAGGCCGAGACAGAUCGCACAACUCUCAUGCUGGGUUAAAAGCCAAGGAGUGAAAAAAUGUUUUCAGGCGGGAUUUAAAAACCUUUAAAAUUAUGCUAACAUUACACGUUUUCACAAAAAUAUGAAAAGAGAGAAAAAAAACGAAUUAAUAUAAAGGCACUGAUUGAAAGUGUCUCUUGGUACAUCACAGUCAUUGAACUUGAAGUUCUUCUUCUUGGGAACAUGGAAAACAUGCACUCUCAAAUAGACACACAAAAAAAUGCCUGUACAGGGUGACUCCAGUGUCAGUAUUUAAUCUUCAUAUUGUCAGUGAGUUCACGUGAAAUAAAAAUACACAACAUGAACAUUAGCAAAGUAUUUAUUUAGCCUUUUUGACAUUUUUUUUUACAUAAUAGUUAACAAGGAAGAGGCUGAACGGGGAUAUUACUUGUUCUGGCUGUCAGAGCUUUUGUCUACCUUAAAAAGAGGGUUUGAUUUCUCUCUUGAUUUUCACUUGCAAUAUUCAAGCUGUCCCCCCUCAGCAAGAAGAUUGUCUACUACUCCAUUUUUAAUCCUUACUAUUCCUGUCUUUCUGCCACAGCUGUCACCAAAACCCUCUCUGACUGCAGACGGUCAAGUGUCCUCCCCUGCCUCAGUCAACAGCAGCUCAGCUCCCAGCUCCCAGCUCACUCUGGCAGAUGGCCCCGCCCCUAUCAAGGAAGAAAUCAAGAUGGAAGUGAAGAAGCAAGAAGAAGAGGAGGAAGGGGGCGACAGCCAAGACGAGGGUAAAGGGAAGUCUGGAAAAGGUCAAACUGACGUCAAGUCGGAGGAGAAACCAGAGGUAAAACUGUUCUAGUUAACUUACAGACACUGAAAUCUUUGUGUUAAAAAAUCAGACAUAAGCUUUAAAAUAUUGUAAAUGGUGUCUUUAUAUUUGAUCAUGACAUUUGACCUAUUGAUCUUCCCCUUAGAUAAAGACGGAGAAGCCCUCAGGUGAUGGAUGUAAAGGCGAGCCCAUGGACACGUCUUCAUCUUCUGUGACAUCAACAGCAGCAACAGGUGAAGACAAGAAGCCAGAGGUGAAGAAGGAGCCCAAAGAGGAAGAGGAGGGGUCAGGGUCAGCAGCCGCCAGCAGCUCCCCAGCCAGUGCUCAGAGCAAGAAGAAAAGUAUGUCCAAAUGAAUCACUUUAUAAAACACAUUUGUGCGAAAUCGAAAUAAGUCUAGAGAUGGAGACCGGGGUGAAGUGAAAAUAGCAAGAAGAAUGAUGACCAGUCUGAUAAGCCAGGAUUCUGUGGGUUUUGCUGCAGUCUGCACAAAAAGUUGGUUGUGUGAAUGCUCCAGAGAGAGUUUGGGUUUAUUGAAAUUGGAUUUGUGGAUAUGCAUUUUAUACCUAGUUUAAUACACCCCCUCCGCUUCACAGGAGGAAUAAGAUUCACAGCAAGGAGUGAGUGAAACCAACCAAUCUUCCAAAUAAAUUAUGUGAACUGACUUCCUUUAUCGACUGAGCCAAACUUUUCAGCAGUCAGCAACAAACUUUAAACACAGAGAACCGAAUCAUCCUCAUUUAGAAAACUGAUCAUUAAAUAAAGAGCUAUCAGCAAUGAAACCUUCUGAGAGACAAGGAACCUUUGGGCCACCCACCUUCAGUGUUAGUGCCUGUAUUGAGUUUACAGGGACAUUGUCCAGGAACUUUAAGGUUGAGACUCGCAGUAUUAAAAUUUCUUAUUGACUGGAUACGCACAAUUCAAUGUGUUAAUUUCUGAGUACUUUCUUUGACAUUCAUGAACCUGUGCUUAUUUACCCACCUACUCAUCUACUCACUUUUCUAAUCGCUUACAUACUUAUGCACUCUCUGGAGGCUUCUCGUAGGCCGGCCGAGGGAAGAGCACAAUGUUUUGGGCCCGUCCCCUCUAUUUGUUCCCAUGUUGAGCAAUCGACUAGUGCAGAGAAGCAGCGUUAACCCACUUCAACCAUUCCCUGUUUUUUUCCUUUUUUUUUUACAUCUGUAAGUCUCUCAACUCCCCGCUCUCUUCCAGUCUUUAAGCCCGAGGAGCUACGACAGGCACUUAUGCCCACCCUGGAGGCUUUGUACCGGCAGGACCCUGAGUCCCUUCCCUUCCGUCAGCCGGUGGACCCCCAGUUACUGGGAAUACCCGUACGUAUUCGAACUAGUAACAAAACUAACCUGGUAAGGGACUGCACUGGCUGCCAUUUUGCUUCAACUUUCCUAAAAAAAAAAAAAAGAAAAAAAAAAAGUAGUUUCUAUCAUGUUUGUUUUGCUUUUUCAUCUGAUUUUCUUUUUGUCAUAGUUGUCAUAUUUUCUACAUUUAUUUUACACACACCUGCCGCUUUAGUUGUUUUUGCUCCCAAUGCAUGUCAGGAGUUUAGCUACAUCACUUUGUAGUUUGUAUGUACGUUUUGUUGUAAAUCAAAUCAAUGGCUCCUGUGAACAGUUACUUUUACAACUACAACUCAGUAAGAGUUGAGUCGCUGUGUAAAAUGUUGAUAAAAAACACAUUUCAAUGGUAUCCAGAUCGUUUAAACCCUAUAGAUGAAAGACAUAUUUAUACUCAUGCAAGCAGCACAUUAAAAAAAAGUUCAGGACAGGGACAAAAAACAUUGGACAACAUUGGACAUUGGACAUUGCUCAUAAAAAAAACUUGGAGGCACAUCUUUGAGUUGAUGAGGUUAAUUUGUAACAAAUAAUACAAAAGGAGGGCAUUGUACCGACACUGAAUCUUUUAAAGUAGGGAUGGGAAGGGGCUGGUUAGCUUAGCAGUUUAAACACGAACCCUUUGUACACUGAUCAUAGUCCCAUCACAUCUGUUGCUCGUUCAACUCCUGGCCACGGCUGUUUGCUGCACGUGAUCUCCCACUUUCCCCACAUUUCCUUUCACUCUUAAGUUGUCCUGUGGAAAAGUCUCAGUUUGAUUUUUUUGUCUUUGUCUGAUUUUCAAUAAAAAUCAGGCUUUUGAUAAUCUGCAAACCAUCAAAUUCUGAUUUUGUCAACAUUUUACACAGCCUUCCAACCCUCAUACACUUAAAAAUGACUUAAGCAAAGAACAAAAACUGAGUUUCACGUUAAAUGUAGAUAUAAAACGACAUUCAGUGCAAAACUGUCUGUACUAUCAUUAACUAUUUAACUGUUUGCUGCGAUUUUCACGAUUCGAUAAAAACAUGAUCAUAGGUUCAAUGAGAAGAUAAAGGAAAUGAUCAGUUCAGGAGCCGAUUGCUUUGAUUUACCUCUGUGAUCUGUUUGACUUUUGCCUUUUUCACGUCAUGUUUUAGGUUUGGAUUUGCAUUUUGGAUUUUGCAGUUUUCAUCCUAGAGUUUCAUCGCUAGCUUUCUAGUUCAGUUCCUCACCAGUAGUAGUGUGUCAGUGUUCAUGUGUGCAGCGUGUGUACGGGGGGAAAACUUUGAUCCAGUUUAUUAGAUAAGGAGGAAAAGAGUGACAGUCAGGUGGUGCAUCUCUCCACUUUUGAAAAACAGCGAGUGCUGUCAGCAUCAAUGACUUGAUCAAGCUGUGAUCAAAAACAAAGUUGAAGUGCUUUUUUAUAUCAUGUUUAUUUGUCCCUUUUUGUGCAUCUUAGUUAAGCUGCUGCAGUGUUUUCCUGUUGCAGUCGUGCGAGACAGUUAUAUCUAGACAGUAAUAUCUUAUUGGCUAUCAUGUGGGCUUUUGACAGCCCACUUGAUAAUAACAAAAGCAGAGAAGCUGCUGGUUCUUCGGUUGAAAAAGUUAGAUGCAGAAUAAAUCACUUUGUCUCUGUUAUUACAGUAUGAGUACAUUUGUAGUUAACACACUGCCAAAGGAAUUAGUGCAUCAAAAAAAACAGCUUUAUGUCAGCACACACUACCUCCUCACCCAGAGUGUGUAUAUGUUAUUUGAUGGAUGUAGGUCUGGCUGUGUUUUAACGUUAUGUUGACACUGACAGAUGAAGCAUGCAAUCUGUUUAUUUUGGACUUAGGAGAAGGAUAUCAAAGAAAAGAGUAUUUAGUUGUGUUUAGUUUUAUCACUCUUCAUCGUCUUGAAUGAAGGAAUGAAGGAUAAUCCUACAUCGCAUAUUUCCCAGUGUUGUGCAGGCGUAUGUGCCCAGUUGACGUGGUAAUGUGCAUCACUUGUUUGUCCAUUCAGAGAUGAGGUUCUGUUUCCUUCCUCUAGUUGCCAUGGUGACACUGAGACGGACCCUGCUCUUUGAAACUCACACCUCCUCUUUACUUAUCCGCUUAUUCAUUUUUGGUUGAAUCUCCAAAAAGCCUUCUUUUCCCUCACUCUCUGCUUUUUUUUCCUCAAAUGAUGUUGAAGAUUUAAAAAAUCAGAAAGUGCCAGAAAAGAAGAGAAAUCAGAGUCUUAUCAGUCCCUUGUACACACGCUUCACCUCAGCUCUGUUGGCUUUAACUGCGCCAUCACAUUGAUACUCAUGCUGCUGGUGCUGUUGAUGCCAACUGCUGCGUUGCUAAAAGCAUUAAAUCUGUCUGCUUGUUGCUAUUGCCACUGCUCUGUUUGUCUUAGUUUUGCACCCUGAUUGCUUCAUGAAGCUGGAGCUUUUCAGCAGGAAACCAUUCACACAUCUGAAUGAUUUACUGCAAAUGCUUCUUAAGACAAAUUCAUGCAUAAGACUUCCAUUUUUUGCAACGGGAUAUCAAAAACGCAGUCCAAUCUUUACCUGAUAUUUGAGUUUUUUUGUUACUGAGGACCGAGCAGACUUGUGGUGGUCUCCUGGUCCUGACUUACAUUCUAGAUAAACAGUUGAAAUGUAGGGUGCAAAGCAGAGAGCUGGAGGGCAGAAGUUGUCAUGUCUCUCUGUUUGCACGCAAACCUUUUCUCUGCAGCGCUCAACAACAUUGUCCCCCUGCACCCUCUUCUCUCCCUAAUGUGGUCCCACCCGGCCGACUGCGUUCGCCUGAUCUCUUGAAUGCACAACUCUCUUCGGACCCUACCCGACUUUACCACCACCUGCCUCUCGAACCUGGCUGUCACCCUUCCUAAACAGGACUACUUUGACAUCGUGAAGAACCCGAUGGACCUUUCCACCAUCAAGAGGAAGCUGGACACGGGACAGUACCAGGAGCCGUGGCAGUAUGUGGACGAUAUCUGGCUCAUGUUCAACAACGCCUGGCUCUACAACCGCAAAACAUCUCGAGUCUACAAGUACUGUUCCAAGCUGGCCGAGGUGUUCGAGUCGGAGAUCGACCCGGUCAUGCAGGGUCUGGGUUACUGCUGUGGAAGGAAGGUGAGGCAGGAGUGCUAGUUUUGGUUUUCUGAAGUCACAUGACCUUGGAUGUAGAAACUUUUGAUCUCUUGAAAUGGUUUGUCUAUGUUUAUCGAAAUAAUUUCUGGUCAAGGUUAUAAUACCAACCCUACGAUGAUGUCAAGAUUAAAUUUGUAAAAAACAAAAGUUGAAAGUUUAGUCCGUGUAGGUUUAUGUUUUAUUUUGAAAUGACAGAUCAUAAGAUCAGUUAGCUGCCCGAAUUGAAAUGAGGAACCUUGAGUUGAAGUUAUAAUUUGAUAUGAGCUCCCUUAAAGAUGAAAUACGCAAUGUUUCAUCACAUUUGAAAGGAAAGUAUCAUAAAUAUCAGGUGUUUAAAAAGACUUUGAGAGAAACUGACUCUGUUCUGAAGAAAAGCAGGCCAGUAGACAAUCUGUGAAUGCUUCUACAGCCACCGUGUCUCGUCUGCUGCUCAGUUAAGCUCAUUUAGGAGUCAUCAACUGGCCUGUAAUCUUUUCUUGGCCUGUAUAGAUUAAAACUAUCUUAUCAAGUAACGAUUUUGCUUUCCUCAGAUUAUGACCUGAAUGACAAAGUUUUUUAGACUCAUAUGUUUAUAACUAUAUCAUGAAUUCACAACUUGGAUCUUUUAAAUGAAGAACUUAAUUCUUGUGAAAUUGAACCUCAGUCACCCAGGACUUUAUUUUUGUAAACUAAUCAUUUUAUCCACUUAACCUUUUUCUUGAUGUUGGUCCUACAUCACAUAAUGAUGUUUAAACAAAAAGAGCGUAAGAAAUGUCUCAUUCUUUCCUGAUAUUAUCUGCCAAUAUCUGGCAAUGUCAGCCUUUCACAGAUAUUUAUUACUCUCAACUCCAACGCAUCUACUAUGUGUUGAUAAGAGAACAUUUUUACAAUUAAACCGUGCAGAAUUCAAUGCACAACCUUCAACCCUGGAAAACCACACAAAAUCUUCACUGCUACAAGUUUGCAGUCAGCUCUCUUUCCAUCCUUUAUAAAGGAAAUAAAAGAAACAUGAUUUUCUCACCAAUGACACCAUAGACUAACUUAGUAAUCCACAGACUGAGGGGUGUCAGCUCUAAUAUCUCUAUAAGGAGAGGUUUUACUUAAUCCAACAACUUUUGUCUUUUUGUCUCUUUGUUGUUGCAGUUUGAGUUUUCCCCCCAAACUCUUUGCUGCUAUGGAAAACAGUUAUGCACCAUCCAACGAGACGCUGCUUAUUUUAGCUACCAGAACAGGUAAGGGCUUCAGACAUCCUGAACCAUACAAGUAACUCAGACCAACAAAGAGUUUGACUUUGAGACAGUUUGCUGUGAAACUCCAGCCAAUCACUUCAGCUUUUUCAUGCUUCACCUGAACCUGCUUUAGUGCUUUAGUGAACUUUGCACAGUGAUGCUUUACUAAAGGGAAUCUCCUCAAUCAGUGCAAUCACAGAUGAGUUUUAAUUUGGCUCCCACUGGUUUUCUUGGUACCAUCUCCACACUCAUAGCUCACGUUUUAAUUUCCAUGAUGUUGUCGUUCAUAAAGUGGGCUCCUGUCUUCUUCAGAUUUUCCAUUUGUUGCACUUUCCUUUUUAAAUUGAACCCUUUAAUAAACCGAUAAAAAAGGAGAGGAGUUGAAGCAGAAGAAAGGUUCCCACUUUAUGAACUCAGUCAAAGGAUGAUGGGUCUCUGUUUCUCUGUUUAUUUUUUUCUCAUCCUCCCCUCCAUGUUGGGAGACUUGUAUCCUCCCCCCUCCUCAGCUCCUGGUGGUCUCUCUCAUGUUGCUGUAAUGUUGUUGUUGUUGUUUACACCUGGACGUCUGACGCUAAUCUUUGCUUUGCCUUGGCUCUCUGUCCUCUGUUGGUUCGUUGUUUACAUCCUGUCCCCCCCUCCCUCCAUGCCUCCUCCCUCCCUCAUUGUCCUCGUCUGUCCUGUAACCAUUUAUUUCACGCUUUUUUAAUCUUCAUUUUGACCUCCCCCAUCUCCCUCCCCCCUCCCUCCUCCCCCCUUUUCUCCCUCCUUCUUUAACGCUUGUGAUGUCUGCAUUGGCCUGUUUUGGUGUGACCAAUCAUCCACUCCAAAAUUUACGCGCAAAAUCAAAACACUCCGCCAACACAAAAUCCCUGCAUCACGAUUGGCUGCUUCCUCCUGGCGACGACCUACCUUGCCCUCUGCCUCCUCCUGUGUGUCCGCCCCCCGGCCUGUCCUGCCCUGCCCUGAUUGAUGGCUGCUUCCUCGUGCCCUCUCUGUGAUUGGCUGUGCUGAUGGCGAAUGGUGUAGUUCACCAAAAUAUGGGCUUCUUGCUGACAGGUACCACUUCUGUGAGAAGUGUUUCAACGAAAUCCAUGGCGAGAGCGUAUCCCUGGGAGACGACCCCUCCCAGCCUCAGACGUGAGUACCGCCACCUGAAUCCUUCCCAACGUAUUUAAGUUUGUUCAGUUAGGCAGCCUUUCCUCUCUGAAUUAUUGCUGUUGAAUUCACAGUAUAUGUGUGCAUUUCAACAAAUUAGAAUAAAAAGAAAAUAGUUUUUGUUUUCCUGUAAUUUGAUUUAAUCAGGAAAUUGUCUGAAUAUCCUACACGCAUGCAAAAUUAAGUAUCUCAGGCCUCUAUAGCUCAUGAAAAUCCAAUAUUUCAAUUUAUCUAAAAAAUUCCUAGAAUCAAUCUAAAAGGGAUUUCCGAUUUGCAAAUGUUCAACUUGAGGAAAUUGCGUUCAUUUAUGCACUUCCCUACUUACUUACUUGGGACUACUUCAUCGUAAACUGCUGCACCAAAGUGGUGUCUCUGGCCUUUAAACUUGUUUGAAUUUUGAGGUAAGGUGUUCUCAUGGUUCUCUUGACAAAUAUCUCGCAGAUUCUCUGUGGGGUUAGGUCAGAUAAGCCGACAUGUGAAGCACAGUGAUAUUAUCAUAGAUAACAAACUCUUGAACAGUAGUUUUGGCGCUGUGGGCAGGUGCAAAGUCCUACUGGAAGAGGAAAUCAGCAUCUCCAUAAAGGUUGUCAGCCUGUGGAAGCAUAAAGUGCCUUAAGAUCUCCUGCUAGACAGCUGUGUCAGUUCUGGACCUGAUCAAACACAGUGGACAAAACCAGCAGAUGAUAUUACACCCCAAAUUUUAAGACUGUGGGAAAAAUUAACUGGACCACAAGCAACCCAGACUCUGUGCUUCUUCAGUCUUUUCUCAUGACUCUAAUACCUUGAUUUCCAUAUGAGAUGCAAAAUGUCCUUCCAUCUGAAAAUAGGACUUUGGACCACUCAACAACAGUCCAGUUAUUUUCCCUCUUAGCUCAGAUAAUACUCGUGUUAUGACAUUGUCUCUGGUUCAGGAGUGAACUUACAGGAUACUUGGAUUGGGACAGUUGUGCCCCUUUUCAUGAAAAAGCCUGUGUUUGUUGGAUCUUGCUGCACUGACACCAGCCUCAGUGAACUCGCCAGAGUUUUUGAAUCAACUUUUCUUGACAAUCCUUUCCAUGAUUUGGUCACCUCUGUUUCUGGAGCCCCUUUAUUUCACACACUCUCUAUGGACAACUGUCAAGUCAGCAGACUUUCUCCUAAGUGUGGUGAAGUGUACUGAAUCAGACUGAAGAAAACAUAGUAUUUAAACUUUUUGGAUGGUGAUUGACUUAAAUUGUUUUUUAUUGAGACGCACCUGUGCAGCUGUUAUUAACUCUUUAUUGGACAGUUAUAGAGCAUACAAGCUAUUCAGCUGUUUCCUCAUAAGUAUCAGUUUGGUAAGACAGUGUCAGAAAAAUAUCAGGAAUCAAAAGAUAAUGUAUAAUUCUAAUUAAAUGUAUAAUUCAUAUUAUUUUACUGUAUUAUUAAUUAAGGAUAAUGAUAGUCAUUUAUGUUAGAAGGGCAUUAUUCAAGCUCAGACAAUGCUCCAUUUUUGCAGUACUGUUAAGAUCAUUGGGAAAUCCGAGAAUUCAAAUAUUUCCCUCUAGGUUUCUUUUAACUGAGUAUUUCCAUUUUAUCUAAAAAAAAAUUAAAAAAAAGUCAAAAUAAAAGCAUUUUUAGUUCUAUCAAAAAAAGAUUAUCAUCACAACAUCUCCGUGUCUCCAGUUGUCUCUCACCAGCCUGCAAUCAGAGCCAAUUUGGCUGAAAUGAACUCAACAAUCAUCAAGUUCCUAUGAUUCAGAAUAAACUCUGUACUUGAAAUUGAAUUAGCCAAGUACAGUUUAUGAACAUUAAUCAGGAAUAGGACCUUGAGUGUCCCGUUGCUUUAUACUGACAGCAGUGCGGCGUGGCAACUAUUUGUGUUUAUUUGCAGGUUGUGCAUGAACUUAACUGUGUCGAGUAAUACAGGAAGCACCAGCUGAUGGCAAAGCAAAUAAAGUUGUGCCAGUCAAGUAUGAUCCAGUUUUGAAUGGCAGCUUUUUUUUUCAGUUAGUCCUUGGCUGUAAACAUCUGUGAAAAUGCAGAGGUCCAGAACUUGCUGUGAAAACAUCCACAUUAAGAAAAAGUGAACUCAUUAGAUAUAUAGCACAGUGAUUUUUGCUUUUUCUUAUGUGUGCUGUUUAGACUGAUCAGCUGCACACAUUUUUCCACACACCCGUUCAUUAAAAUCAGGAUUCUGUUGUGACAAAAUAAGAUGGUUUCCUCACUGCGUGUAUUAAAAACAAGUUUCUUUCUUGCAAGUUCACUGCAAAUCCUGAAAGUACUUUCAUCUGAAGCAGGUCUGUUACAUACUGAUAUUGAUAAUAAUCGUCGUUAAAAUAAAAAAGGAAAUCUUGAUCAGAAUAACAGCGAUGACACAUAAAGUUAGCAGAUAACAGGGUUGAGGAUUGUGCACACAAACUGAGGUCUGUAACAGGAUUUUAAUUUCUGUAUUCACCCACAGGUCCAUCAACAAAGAUCAGUUCCAGCGGAAGAAAAACGACACCCUCGACCCUGAGCUGUAUGUCCUCUUCUCAUCUCAUUGAUUCGUAUUGAUAGAGUUACUUUUUUAUGGCUAUUUUUUGAUACCUUUGAAGAGCUGCCUCUUAGAAAUGAUAAGUUCUUGAAGUUACUUUGGAAAAACUUGACAUGUGAGAAAAGAUUUAGUUUGUAAUUCAAAUAAGAUACUUUUCCAUUACGAGCAGUCUUAGUCAUCAUACUUGUAGCUCUUUUAAAGACACAUAUUUCCCUGAAGUCUCAUACGUGACUUUAUUAACUUUGCAUCUUGUGUCUGUUUUGUGUCUCUUCGUUCUCUCUCCACUCAGACUUGUGGAAUGUACCGACUGCGGUCGUAAAAUGCACCAGAUCUGCGUCCUGCAUCAUGAAACCAUCUGGCCAGCUGGGUGAGCUGCCAUCACACACACUAAUGGGAUACUUAUUUGGCCUUUUGUAUUUGUAGAAAAGUUUUGUCUUAAUUGGACUCCGCCUGAAUCAAAGUGCUGGAAAAAUACAACUAUUGAGGAAAAAAAUAAAUAUGAUAUGAGCUGAUUAAGAAUUAAGUACCUCGCAAAAAGAUUGAAUAAUUAAAACAAGGCAGAUAACAGUUGUAACAAGAUAAAUAUCUCUACAACAAGAUGAUUAACAAUCAAACCAGAUCAUAAUAUAUUGUGAAUAAGUAAGACCCAAUAAUUCAAUAAGAUAAGGAGACAGAGAGAGACGUGAAACAGCUUAUGGUCAUGAAAAGGUCAGACAGCAGAAGUGAGUUUGAAGAAGAGAUUUAAGUUUGCCUGCCUCACAUCUUCAGUCAAGACAUUUCAAAGCUUUGGAGCCAGAACUGCAAAAACUCUGUCACCUCCGCCAAGGUUCAGGGACCUCAAAAGACCUCAGACAGCAGCAGUCAGGCUCAAAGGGAGUUAGCAGCUUUCCGGUGUAAUUGGUGGCUUUACCUUUUAAGGCUUUAAAAUCAAGCAGCAUAAUCUUCUAAUCAAAUCCAAAACUCAUAGGUGAAGGGCAGCUCGUCUUCUGUGAUUGCUGCUCUCGCUCAGUGUUAAAAGCCUCGCAGCAGCGUUAUGAAUUACAGUCAGUCUUUUAGGAUGUUGGAGCUGCUGACGUCUUUUAAAUAAGUGCAAUAAAAGUCAGAAAAGUCUGGAGGAAAUAACUGCAUGGCUGACUUUUUCAAGUGUGCAGGAGAAAAAGAGAAAAAUUGUCAGGGGCUUGCAGGAAAUGUUCAAGAUAAAGAAGGGUAAACAUUUAGCUGUUUUGCAGCUCACUCCAACAAUUUAGCUUAAUUUUAUAGCAGUUUGUGCGUGAAAGGGUUAAUUGGUUGUAACAGAGAGGAUGAUCUCCUUCUAUUUUAACUCACAAGUUUCCUCUUCUUCCCUGACCACAGCUUUGUUUGUGACAACUGCCUCAAAAAAGCCAACAAGACACGGAAAGAGAACAAAUACGCAGCCAAAAGUAAGUAACGCUUUUAGCUUUUAUCACGUUUUUUUAUUUGUUUCAUUCAGACUUGCUCGCUUUGUUUUCAUCGUUGCUCUUUCUGAAAGUUUUCCAAAAUCUAGAUUAAUUAUAAAGUGCAUAUGUACUCUUGUAGUUUGUCUCUAAAUGAAUUCCAUUUUGUCUCUGGAUGAUUGGUCUCAUAAGGUAUCCACAGCUCUUUAUAAUUACUAGUGGUUCAGCCCACCCCCCCUUCUCACCUGUUAGGGGAGGAGGUCGGCUUUAUUUGUGUUACAUUCAUGUGGUUUCUAAUAUGAAGUCAGACAGAAGUUCUCACACAAGUCCUCAGUCAGUAACAGUGCUCAUCAUAACACAGAGUACAUUUCUCUCUGUUGAUAUCACGCCCUGUGUUUCUCAUGGUUUGCAGGACUCCCACAGACAAAGCUGGGAAGCUUUUUGGAAACAAAAGUAAACGACUACCUCAAGAGGCAGAGCCACCCAGAGUCCGGAGAAGUCACCAUCCGUGUGGUCCAUGUCUCAGACAAGGUGGUGGAGGUCAAGCCUGGCAUGAAGUCCAGGUAAGAAAGAGGUUGCAACACUCUGCUGCUGCUGUAGAUUCUGGACGUUAGUGUGAAAGGGAGGCAACAUAGGGUGAUACUCAUUAACGUCCAGGGAACAAGUAUAUUCCCUAAUUUACAAGGUUAUUCUGGAUUACUUUAUUUAAUCAAACACAGAGGAGCCACUCUUUUAAAUAAUUUAUGUACUCAGCAUUCUGUAAAUGUGAUAUUGAACAAUAACAACAGAAAACACACCUAGUCACCACAUGAUUUCCACCACACACUAUCCCUUUUGUUUGUUUAACGUAAACAGUGGUGAGUUGAGUUACUUCUGGUGGGCUCUGAGCAUCAGCAAGAGAUGUGUUCAAACUUGACCUGAGGCUCUGUAGGCAACCCCUGCAGCAGUUCUCAGACUGAUCAUAAGAUAAGCCCUUUAAUUUGGAGUCGACCCACCUCUCACUGUCACCAUCUUCAUGCAAAUCCUUUAGCCUUGUCAAGAUUUACUGCGAACAAAUUUCAAAGGUUGUAAUUUUGUAGUGAUCAACCACAGUUCCCUUUUUUUCCUCUCUUUUUCUCUUCUUCUGCGUGAUCACAUGUCCAUGAACCUAGUCAAAUGUUAUCUCCUAAAUCAACAAAAUAAUUUUUAUAGCACUUAGUAUCUGUGAAUCUUCACCUGUCAUGUAAGGAGCUUUAAUGUCACUGAGGUCCAGGAUUCAGAGGAUGUCUCCACUUAAAAUAAAUCACUGCUAUUUGACUGUGUGAAAGGAGAACAGAGCUGUAGCACAUUUUUCUUUCUGUUGUUACAGCACACUCUGAGUCUGUCACUGAAAUUUUCUCACAACCCCCAGUUUAUGAAAAAUAAGAUUCUACGGAUAAACUAGACAAUGUCUGAAUUAUAAAUAAGCUGUGAUUUGAAGAAGAGAUCAUCAUCUCACAUGACCUGAAAUACGAAGUGCAGUGCCAUCGGGGGAGGGGGGACCUGCUUUUUCACGUGAUUCCAGUCACACCACUGUUUCAAAAACCUUUUCCUCACCCCGGCUGUUCUUUUUCCUCCAGGUUUGUCGACAGCGGAGAGAUGGCCGAGUCCUUCCCAUACAGGAUGAAAGCCUUGUUUGCGUUUGAAGACAUCGACGGAGCAGACGUCUGUUUCUUUGGAAUGCACGUCCAGGAGUACGGCUCUGACUGCCCGCCCCCAAAUCAGAGACGAGUUUACAUCUCUUACCUGGACAGCGUGCACUUCUUUAAACCGCGACACCUCAGGACUGCUGUCUACCACGAGAUCCUGCUGGGGUACCUGGAGUAUGUCAAGAGGCAGGGGUAAGAGAGCAGAUGGAUCUCUGGCAGGUUAAAUCAAGUAAAUCCUUCCUCCUCUUUGAUAAUGAACAAAACUGUGUCUCCUGAAUCAGGUUUACAACAGGUCAUAUUUGGGCCUGUCCACCCAGUGAAGGGGAUGACUAUAUCUUCCACUGUCAUCCACUGGACCAGAAGAUCCCCAAACCAAAACGCCUGCAGGAGUGGUACAAGAAGAUGCUGGACAAGGCUGUAUCUGAGCGGAUCGUCCACGACUAUAAGGUAAGGCAUUAUUCCUGAAUUAGGAGAUUCACAACUAAAAAUUUAAUGUCAAGUACAAACUGAUCCAUCAUCUUACCUUUGAAGCACAUUCCCAUCAUACUGUGUGCUAAGAAAAGGUUCCCUGAUCUGGAGUUUUUGAUUAUACUUUCUGUUCAAACUAAUUAUAAUUAUAAAGAGAGAUCCAAAAAAGGGAAAAUGUGUUUUUUCGUCCUAUCAGGACAUCUUCAAGCAGGCCACAGAGGACAGAUUGACCAGUGCCAAGGAGCUGCCAUAUUUCGAGGGCGACUUCUGGCCCAACGUGCUAGAAGAGAGCAUCAAGGAGCUGGAGCAAGAGGAGGAGGAGAGGAAAAGAGAGGAGAACAGCACCUCCAGCGAAAGCACAGAUGUAAGUAGAUCAAGAAUUCACAUGUACAACAUUUUUUAUAUUUUUAUGCCAAUGGUUUUAAUUUACAUUUGCGUUAAAAUAUCCUCAGGCCACAAAAGGUGACAGCAAAAAUGCCAAAAAGAAGAACAAUAAAAAGACGAGCAAGAACAAGAGCAGCCUGAGCCGAGCCAAUAAGAAGAAACCGGGGAUGCCUAAUGUUUCCAACGACCUGUCGCAGAAGCUGUAUGCCACCAUGGAGAAACACAAAGAGGUAAGCAACACAGGUCUGACUAUAACCACAGAUGUAGCUGGUAUGUAAAGUUAGUCUAGACUGUAUUCUUUACAUGAAGUAAACAGACACGUCUUUCAUUUACUUAAGAGCAAAAAUGAAACAUUAGAACAUCUGCUGGUCAGUUUGUGAGAGACUCAACUAAACCAUCCCUUAUUUUCAGGUCUUCUUCGUCAUCCGUCUCAUCGCCGUCCCCUCCGCCAACUCGCUGCCCCCCAUCACCGACUCAGACCCCCUGAUGGCCUGCGACCUGAUGGAUGGGCGUGACGCCUUCCUGACACUGGCCCGGGACAAACACCUGGAGUUCAGUUCUCUGCGGCGGUCCAAGUGGAGCUCCAUGUGCAUGCUGGUGGAGCUGCACAACCAGAGCCAGGACCGCUUCGUGUACACCUGCAACGAGUGUAAACAUCACGUGGAGACGCGCUUCCACUGCACCGUGUGCGAGGUAAGAAUCAGUUGAUCAAACUACAUCAAGAAAACAAAAUGUACAAGAAUUAAGGGAUUAAUGCUGCGUUCGAGUUACCUCGGAAGUCAGAUGUCUGAGCUGGGAAUGACGUCACACCUGAGGAACAAAAUGGCUACAUCUACAGAAGUUAUUUUAGCUCUUGUUAUUUGAGUUACUUUAGCAUCCCCCUUCUUAGAUGUAGCCAUCUUGUCCCCGCCUCAGAUUUAGCUUUUUUCCAACUUGGUAACUGAAAUGCUGGUAACUCGGGUGUGACGUCAUUCCUAGGGAUGAGGAGGGAUGAGGUGCAGGGUGAAAAGAUGAUGUUGUCACAGAACCAAUGUUUGAAGGCUCAUCACAAUCUGAUGUACCUCAGAAAUCAAUGUGCGUGAGCAUUGUUACAUGUGUAACUAUCAAGAACAUAACAAAUGUUCUCAUCUCUUCCUUCCCUCUCCAGGACUACGACUUGUGCAUCACCUGCUACAACACUAAAGGUCACGAGCACAAGAUGGACAAACUGGGGCUGGGACUGGACGACGACAGCAACAACCAGGCAGCAGCAGCCACUCAGAGCCCUGGAGACUCUCGCCGUCUCAGCAUCCAGCGCUGCAUCCAAUCUCUGGUCCACGCGUGUCAGUGCCGCAACGCCAACUGCUCCCUGCCGUCCUGCCAGAAGAUGAAGCGUGUUGUUCAGCACACCAAGAGCUGCAAGCGGAAAACCAACGGAGGCUGCCCAAUCUGCAAGCAGCUCAUUGCUCUGUGCUGCUACCACGCCAAACACUGUCAGGAGAACAAAUGCCCUGUCCCGUUCUGCCUGAACAUCAAGCAGAAGCUCCGUCAGCAGCAGCUGCAGCAUCGCCUUCAGCAGGCCCAGAUGUUGAGGAGGAGGAUGGCCAGCAUGCAGAGAGUUGGGCAGCCAGCAGGAGGGCCACCUGGAGGACCCAUCCCAGCACUUCCAUCACCAGGGAACAACGGUACAACAGCGCCCAGCACCCCAACUUCUGGUGGGACUCAACCUCCAACGCCCCAGACCCCAACUCAAACCAUGCCCUCUGGUCCUCAGCAGGGUCUUGGUCCUGGUCUUGGGGUCCAGCAGCAGCAGCAACAGCAGCAGCAGCAACAACAAGCUGGGAUGGCCUCACAAGGUGGUAUGCCUUCUCAGCACCCCCAUCAUCACCAGUUCCAGCCAAUGGCAGGUGGAGGAGGAGGUGGUGUUGGGGGGAUGAUGAGCUCCCCUCAGCAUCAGCAGCAGAUGCAUCCUCAGGUCCAGCAGCAGUUAAGUGGAGGAAACACCCAACAGCUCCAACAGCACCCAAACAACCUGCCUCCGUACACAGGGAGGCCCCCAGGCUCCUCCCCCCUCCAUCAGUCCCAGGGGAAACCAGUCCUCGGCUCAGCAACGCCUCCCCAGCAGCAGCAGCCGGGUGGAGCUGUCAUGGCUGGAAACAUUGGAGGUCAACAACCUCCCAACCAGUCACAGGGGCAGACUCAACUCCCUCAGCAGCAGCAGCAGCCUCCAUCAGGCCCUCCACCAGCAGCAGUAGAGAUCGCCAUGAAGAUCCAACAGGUAGCCGAUGCCCAGCGAAAGAUGGCUCUGCAGAGACAAGCAGCGGCAGGUUUGAUGCCUCCUCACCAACACCAUCAGCAGGGUCAGGGUCAGCAGAUGGGCAUGGGACAUCCGGGGACAGCAGGGAUGGUUGGACCCCAGGGGAUGCAGCCGCAGAACCCAGCAGCAGUCGCAGCAGCAGCAGCAGCUCGGGCACACAUGGACCCACAACCAGGUGCUCCAGCAGGGAUGAUGGUGGGCCCUGGUGGUCCCAUGCAGCCACCUCCCCAGCAGGGUAACCUUCCACCAGGGCAGAUACCUCCUCAAGUCCAGCUCCAGCAGCAGAGGAUAGGGGCUCCACUCCAGAAUGUUCAACAACAGCAGCAACAACAGCAGUGGGCUGGUGGGCAGGGGAUGCCCCCCCAGCAGAGACAAGCAAUGAUGAACCAACAGGCCAUGAUGGCAGCUCAGCAGCAGCAGCAGCAGGCUCAGGCCCAGGCCCAGGCUCAGGCCCAGGCUCAGGCCCAGGCUCAGGCUCAGGCUCAGGCUCAGGCUCAGGCUCAGGCUCAGGGCCAUGCUGCGCUAAUGAACAUCGCCCAACAACAGCAGCAGCAGCCACAGGGUACAGGUGGAGGGGUCCCAGGAGCUGCAGGUGUCCAAGGGCUUGCAGCUGCAGGUGGGAACAUCCCCCAGGCCGCCUUGCAGGACCUGUUACGCACUCUCCGCUCACCCAGCUCACCACUUCAGCAACAGCAAGUCCUGAACAUUCUGCGCUCGAACCCGCAGCUGAUGGCUGCUUUCAUCAAACAGAGGGCUUCAAAAUACAAGGGGGGGCAGGGGGGACCAGGUGGUGUCCCUGGAAAUGUCCCUGUAGGUCCUGGUCCAACAGGGGGGCCUGGAAACGUCAUGGUUGGAGGGGGCCCACAGGUGAAUAUGAAUGCAUCAGGUCCAGGCCAGCAAGGGAUGCACAUGGGGGGUCAAGGAGGUCAGAAUGUUAACAUGGCAACUAUGGCUCAGCUGCAGCAACAACAACAACAGCAGCAACAACAACAACAACUUCAACAGCAGCAACAGUUACAGCAACAGCAGAGGCCGAUGCUCAACAGUUUACAACAGCACCAAGUGGCAGCUCUCCAACAACAGCAACAACAACAGCAACAAGGGGCGGUCAGGGGUCUUCAGGGCCAGGGGCCACAGAUGGGGAACCUGAACAAUCCUCAGUUCAGAGAGUUGCUCAUCAUGAGGAGACAUCUCCAACAGCAACAGCAGCAACAACAGCAGCAGCAGCAGCAACAACAGUUGGGGGUGAAUCACGGUCAGUUCCAGCAGCCGCAGCCUCCUCAAGGGCAGGCCUACAUGGGUCAGCCCGGGAUGCAGCCCCCUGCUGUGGGCCAGGGUCCCUCCACAGGUCCCCCUCUUGGCCCUCAGCAGCCUCCACCAGGCCAGCAGGGGCAGGGUUACCCUGGCUCUGUGGCCCAGCAGCAAGCCACCGCUGCACUUCAGCAGAGACUCCAGCACCAGCACCACCUGCAGAUGCAGCAGCAGCAGCAGAACGCCAUGUCCGGCCUGCCUGGGGGGGAGCAAGGACCAGGUGGAGGUCCUCAGCAGCCCCCUCAGGGCCCUCAGCCCAAUCAGGGUGGUCCCACACCGUCCUCUCAGGCUCUGCUUCAACAGGCGCUCCACCAGAGGCUGCUCCAGCAACAGCAGCAUCUGGGCCCUGGGGGGUCGCCGGCCCAGCACAGCAAUCCCAUGAGCCCCCAGCAGCCUCAGCAAAUGGCCCCGUCUCCCCACCCACAUCUGCAGGGCCAAACUCUGCCCACCUCCCUCGCCAACCAGGUUCGAUCCCCGCAGCCUUCACCCAGACCCCAAUCCCAGCCGCCACACUCCAGCCCGUCCCCCCGCAUGCAGCCUCAGCCCUCACCACAUCACAUCUCCCCUCAGAUGCAAACGGGGUCUCCACACCUGAACCAGCACCACCCGGGCAUGGUGGUCCCUCCACAGCAGCAGACGGCUCAGCAGCAACAGAACUCUAUGGAUCAGUUUGGGUCGGAUCAGAGCACUAUGCUGUCUCAGCUGAGUGGCAUGGCUGGUCUACAUGGGCCGGGGGGAAACAGUCAGGACCCUCUGGGCCAAAAUCUGAAUCACAACCCUUUAGACAUCAUGUAGGAACUCUAGGAAACGUGUCAAAGUGAGCUGAAAGCUCGUGAUUCUUCGCACAAACUGCACUCACCCAGGACAGUGUUACUGUUAUUAGCUAGCCUUUGUUUUUAUACGAUGAUGAUGACGAUGAUGAUGAUGAUGAUGAAAUGUUAUUUAAAAUGUUUUCAAUAAAGAUGCAUUGAACUGAGCUUCCUAUGGGAGAUGAACAAUAAAUCAAGCAGUCAUUAUAUAAUUAGAAUAAAUGUAAGUUAUUGCUGUUAAUAUAUUUUUUUGCCAAUCGUGGACAAAGAGGGGGGGUUGGUUUCUCUAGCGCUCCCCCCUUUCCUCCACUUCUUGCUGACAAAGAAGAUAUUUUUGGGGUUUUCAGGGGUAAAUAGGACAAAAUGCCUUUUUUAAGAAAUGUUUUUAAGAUUUAAAAAGUGGUUGAGGAUUAAAGAGGAAAUGAUUUAAUGCAAAGAACUUUUUUAUGGUUUUUGUUUCCCAGCAUUCAGUCUGUUUCUUUUCUGCAGAGUGAUGUGGAUUAAUAUUAAUGUAAAUCCAAACAUGAUGCAUAUCUUCAUUUUUAAAUGUUUGGGUUUGCUUUAUUUAUUUUCUUUGGGGGGUUCAGGGGUUCUGUACCCUGAGACUGCUACAAUUCCUAUAGAAAUAUAUUUUUGUUAUUGACUGUUGAGGUGGGGGUAGUAGAUGUUUUAUUUCACUUUGUAUGUCUUUAGUCCGGGCAGAAUAAUUAAACAUCAGUGUUUUCUUGCAGCCGUUGAGAGUUUGAAGAGUUCGGGACGUUAAACGGACACGUCGCCUCGACUCACCAGCUUCUUUUUUGGACUUGGAUCCUGCUGGAAGAGACUCUUCCCUCGCAAACAUGCAAACCCUCUCCCUCGAAUGUGUGUGCACUCCCUCCUUUAAAGACACCUCACAUGGAGCAGGGGAGGCUUGGGGAGGGGGCUGCAUACCUGUGUGCCUGUAACAUUUUGAGGACAUGGACUGGGAUGUUAAAAAUGGGUGGGUGGGUUCCUUGUAGUGUUUUUAGGAUUCUGCUGUUUGGAGUAAACAGAGGAUUUUUGAUCCAAAUGAACUGUGUUGCACAGAAAUGAGGAGAUAAGAGAAGAUCUGAGCGCGCUCAGUCUGCCUCUUAUCCUCGUCCCCUUUGCUGCUUCUCCUGGACUUCAAAUCCCCCGCCCCUCUACUCGUCCUCCUCCCCCGGGGAAAGAUCUUCUCCAUCCCUUUGAACUCCAUCCUCUUUAUCUUUCUGCUAAGAACUUUGGGAGUUUAAUUUAAUAUUUUUUACUGUACAAAGGAAACACAAACUGUGGACUCAAAUACUGUUUUUUUAUAAUAAAAUGAAAAUGACCAACAAUGAUGUUUCUGCAUGUGGCUGAUUCUUCAAAAUGAG